CUUUUUUCUCUAAACAUAUACAGUAAUCUGAAGAGGCUAAUCGGCUCUCUAAGAAACCAAGUAAAACAGGUAUGUAUUUUUUACACAUACACAUAAAUACAAAACACGCUGCAAGCCAUUCUAUUGAUCCUGGUUUAUUUGGUUUUAAGAAUUCUAACUUUUCUUACAAAUAACAUUUUCAGACACAACAUUACUCAACAGGUUAUAAGCUAAAAAGUUGCAAUUUAUGGGAAAUCAAAUUGAAUUUCAAAUUCUAGAUCAAUAUUGCUAAAAAAAAAUAAAAAAAAAUAUAUAGCUGACAGAUUAUUUUUUCCAUAUUGGUUAAUUUGGCAUAAAUUCUAAGUGUAUUUUUUUAAUUAUUAAUAAUUCACACUUUAGUAAAUAUGGGGCACACAGGUCUCUUUUUCCACAAUGUGCACCGUCAAUUUAAAAAGUAAAAAAUAUUACUACCAUAAAAUAUUACUAUAAAUACACACUACUAGUAAUAGCUAGUGUACACUAUGUAGAUAACGUGUCCUUUACACAUAAUGCCUCUACUGUUACGAGGACCAGGCCCUGGGCAUUUAUGGCAAUUCUGGGACAACGUUCCAUUCGUGGAACGUUCAGAUAGAACGCUGCUUUGUGUUCUAUAGUGAUCGUUCCACGUUUACAAGGUUUCCCAGCAUUGCCCCGUACACUAAACGUGCGAUAAGGAUACAUAGGGAAUUCGCCGUCGGUGUACUCACAGGGUGCUGGUCCGGUUGGGCAGGGGUCCCAGCGGGAAGCUCCUGCCGGUGUCCAGGCUGUUGCAGACCACCCUCCCGGGCUCGGGGCUGGCCGCCUUGCCUGAUCCCUUGGGCCGGCCGUCCUGCUUGCAGCCUGGGGGUAGAGCCGAGACUCCGCCGGAGCCACGUCCAUCGCCGUCGGUCAGCACGGCGGAGAGCAGGGCGCAGCCUAACAGCAGCAGCCCCGGCCCCCAGUAAGAGCAGGCCCCCAUCCCGCGCUGCGCUCACUGCCUGCUCCGGCCUCGCUGUACGGGGACUCCUCCUUCAGCCUCUCCGACCGCCGCUCUCCGCCUGCCCGCGCUCUCCACUCAUUGCUCCAGGGCUGGGGAUCUGCCGGUAGGUCCGGCUGUACGGGACAGUAACUGCGAGCGGUGUCCGCCUGAGCGGCGGGGAGUGGGGGAGGGAGGGUCUGUGCUCAGCACGGGAUAUGCACGGUGAGUGGGGGAGGGGGUCCGGUAAUGGGGAGGGGGACACCUUAGCGAGUAGGGGUCCGUUCAACGUGGGGUCACUCCGGUGAAUGGGGGAGGGUCUGUCUAGUGAGACAGGGGGGUCACACAGAUGAAGGGGGAGGGUCUGUUUUGCUAUGGAGUGCGUGUGGAGCUCACAGUAUGGGAGGUCUGUUUAGCUGCUGGUCACAUUGUCUCACAGUUACCCCGACGUUAUAGUCUGUCUGUUCGGUGAGCACAAACCUUCCUCCUUCCCGGUAAACAUGUCAGGUGCAGGAAGGGAUUGCAAACCCCGCGCAGGGCAAGGGGCACCAAAACUACACACAUUGAUUGGACAAAGGACUACCAGACCCCCAUCUAACUCUCUCUCACAUACGAUGGGGGCCUCUAGGAAUCUUCAAGCAUAGAGCAAGGGGCUCACAAACCAAUAGCACAUAGCAGUAGACUCCCAGGCACAGGUUCAGGGAGAACCCAGAGCUGGGGUGCGGGCUCAGGUAAAAUACCUGACCUGAAGGUGAGGACUCUGGGAGAACCCCAUCCUGGGGGUGUCUGGGACACACCCGACCUGGGGGUAUGGGCUCAGGGAGAGCCCUGACCUGGAGGUGCAUGCAGUGCUCUCUCAUGCAUGCACCCCCAGGAUGGGGUUCUCCGGAAUCCUCACCGUCAGGUAUUUUACCGGAGCCUGCACCCCCAGGUCUGGGUUCUCCCUGAGCCUGCACCCCCAGGUCUGGGUUCUCCCUGAGCCUGCACCCCCAGGUCUGGGUUCUCCCUGAGCCUGCACCCCCAGGUCUGGGUUCUCCCUGAGCCUGCACCCCCAGGUCUGGGUUCUCCCUGAGCCUGCACCCCCAGGUCUGGGUUCUCCCUGAGCCUGCACCCCCAGGUCUGGGCUCUCCCUGAGCCUGCACCCCCAGGUCUGGGGCUCUCCCUGAGCCUGCACCCCCAGGUCGGGGCUCUCCCUGAGCUUGCACCCCCAGGUCGGGGCUCUCCCUGAGCUUGCACCCCCAGGUCGGGGCUAUCCCUGAGCUUGCACCCCCAGGUCGGGGCUAUCCCUGAGCUUGCACCCCCAGGUCGGGGCUAUCCCUGAGCUUGCACCCCCAGGUCGGGGCUCUCCCUGAGCUUGCACCCCCAGGUCGGGUGUGUCUCAGACCCGGCACAUCCAGGUCAGCGUUCUCCCAGGUCCCGCACCCCCAGGUUUGGCUUGUCCCUGUGAACCCAAACACAGAACACGGAGGUGCCCAGUAUACAGUGGAUGAGGGAGGAGAGGAAGUGUAAUUCAUAUACACAAGACAGGGAACUCCCAAACCCUCACAUAGACAAGUACAACCAGGGGAUAUUUAUCAAUGUGUCCUGAAAAGUGUUAGUUAUGUUCUCUGAUUACUUUUCUUCCAUUUAUAGGAAGUAAUCAGAAUUUGCCAGUUUUCUUUAUUAUUAUUAUUAGUAUUAUUGGUAUUUAUAUAUCGCCACCUUAUAGCGCAACGCUUUACAAUAUUUUGAAAGAUGGAAAUUUAACAAUAAAUGAGAAAAUUACAAAAUAUUACAGGAACAAUAGGUAGAUGAAGACCCUGCUUAGAUAAGCUUACAGUUUAGAGGAGUGGAGUAUAAAGACACAAUAGGAACAGCAUCGAGGGGGACAGCAAACAACAAGGUGGAAAAGUAGCAGAACUGGAGAUGAGAGUGGAAUAUCCCUCUUUAAGAAAGAGCCAGAGACAGAUUUGUGAAAUAGAAGUUACUGUGGAAGGCCAUAAGCAUUUCUGAAAAGAUGGGUUUUGAGGGACUUAAACAAUUGAAGACUAGGAGAAAGUCUGAUGGGGGUAGACAAGCUGUUCCAAAGGGAGGUAGCCGUCCUUGAAAAGUCCUGCAAUGGUGAAUUAGCAGAAAGGGUGAGGGCAGCACACAGGAGAAAGUCAGAGCAGAGAAACCAAGAAUGGGCGUACCUACGAAUCAGUGAAGAAAUGUAACAGGAGCUAAAGUUGUUUAAAGCUUUAUAGGUAAGGGUUAUUAUUUUGAAUUGACCCCUAUAGAAUACAGGAAGACAUUUUAAGGAUGGACAGGGCGUGAGACGUGAGUGGUGCGACAGAAGUGAAAGAUGAGCCAGGCUUUCCAUUUUUCGCAGAAAUCACAAAUUCAGAAAACUGCCAAGUUUAUACAGUUAUUAACAAAAGUAAGAAUUCAAAGUGAAUUUACAUUAAAAAUUUUUAUUUUUUUAAUUAAGUUACAGCCAUACAGAAAGGAAAAAAACAUAGCAGGAAAGUGUAAUAAAAAUGUCAGCUAGCGGUUUGGGGUGUACCGUAGGACAAAAAGUAAGGGGCUAAUGGGCACCCCUGCCUUAUCCCAUUACUUAUAUCAAAACAAUUUCACAAUAAACACGAGCCAACUAUUUUAGCAGGUGUAUAGUCAAAUAAGAUCCAAGUAGUAUCCAAAAAAGGGCCUUAAAUACCAUAUUUCCUCUCUUUUAAGAAAGUUCUGCUGACCAUCAAAUGCUUUUAUCUGCAUCUAAACACAGGGACAGCACAAACUCACCUCAGUUUUUCACCUUGAACAUGACGUUUUAUGUUUUUUCUUAUAUUGUCUGAAGACAAUACAAAAAAUAAAAAAUGUGGAGCAGCAACUAAAAGAUUACAAAGAUACAUUUCAAUCUCUCCAAUUUAAACGUUAUCUUUGUAAUCUUUUAGUUGCUGCUCCACAUUUAUUUUUAUUUUAUUUUAUUUUUUUUUGUUAAACCUUUCUGCCAUAUCAAGCCUUAUUUUAUCUUUAUAUUUUAUAUAUUUUAUCUUUAUAAUAUUUUUCAAAAAAUCCUGUGAAAUUGUUUCCAGGGAUAACACACUUCCUGGAGAUUUGGUUCUUGCAUAAGAAAAUCAUGUUCUUCUUUGUCUUCUUUUAAUCUUUUGAUCACUAAAUAAUAAAUCUCUCUUUUUAUCUUGGAUCUUGCAUUCAGAUCAGGCAAAUAAUACAAAGUAAUAAGUGAUUUAUUAAUUUUUUUUGUCUUUUUCCCCUUUAUUUGUAUUUUUUGGUUGCUGCCCCUCUUAAGAGGCCAUUUUCUUUUCUUAUAAGGAAAAAAAUCCUUCGCUUCCUUCCUUACUAUUCUUUUCUUUUCCUUGUCUUACCCAUCUAUAUUCUAUUCUUCACCUAUUUAAUAAGUGGAUCUAUAACGAGGCUCUUGCAUCAAAUUAUCCAGUUAAUUGUCAAAGGAGUUGGAAAUUAGCCAGCUUUAUGUAACUUCAUUUGUAAAGCUAGAACAGUAUUCCUACUUAAAAAUUCAUAUGUGUGAUUUCUGCAGUCACGUUUUAGGGAACAACGGCCUUCUCUGGGUCAUACAAACAGAAGGAGAUUGCUUUGCAGAUCAAAAUAGCUUCAUAUGCAGCCCAUUUUCCCAAAGAUAACACAGCUUGUUUGGCUUAAUAUUAUCGCAGCUGUAAUCUCAAAGAAAUAAAUCACGAAAAUCAAUUUCACAUUUUGUUAAAAAAAUAAAGGGCUUUUAUCCAAAGACAGUAGACUUAUUGACAAUAAAGUAGCCUACAUAAUGUACGGAAAUACGGUAUACAGUAAAGUUUCCAACUAGUACAUUGGGAUGUAAUCUUAAAGCUUAACAUUUGCAAGGGUUUAACGUAUUACAUAAUGUUAGACAAUUUACAUGUAGGCUGAAUUCAGUUGGGCUCCUACAGAGGUAGGCAAAGAAGAGUAAGGAGAAGGCAACGUGGCAUGCCCAACUGUUGGUUGGCUCCAUUUUGAACUGGCUUUUUUUAGUUGUUCAGUAGGUAUUGCUAGUAGGUAUUUGAUGCUCAUCCAGUCUCCACUCCUUCAAAAAAAUCGUUAAAAACCCACUUCUUCAUAAAAGCGUAUCAAUUAAACUGCUAAUAGCUCCUGACUGAUUCCUCUUCUGCAACUGUCACUAGUCUAAUACUAUCCUUACCUUUGUAUGUCAUUUUACCCCACUCCCUCUAGCAUGUAAGCUCAUUGAGCAGGGCCCUCAACCCCUCUGUUCCUGUGUGUCCAACUUGUCUGGUUACAAAUACAUGUCUGUUCGUCCACCCAUUGUAAAGCGCUGCAGAAUUUGAUAGCGCUAUAUAAAUAUCAUAAUAAUAGAGAGGAAAAAAGUGGGAGGUGGGAGGGACUGAAAGGAGAGGGUAGAGAGAAGGGGGGUCUCGGGGGCUUUGGUGCAGAGUGGUGGCCUGGGUGACCCUGUGGGAUCCACAUACAAGUUAUCUAUGUGUUGUCGCACCUUCCCAUUAUUUACUCCCACGGUUGCCAGACCUUGAAAAAGGAGGCAUAAGUGUUACGCACCUGUGCUAGACAAAUAGUCAUUCUUAUAUACAGUAUAUUUAUUAAGGACUAGUGGCGCCAGUGAUGGAGCCAAAAACCCAGUGCUGCUAAAAUAAUCACCAAGUGGUAUGUCACUAAAAACACUAUACACAUAUGUUGAAUCUGGAGAAAGCAAGCUGAUAGCGCACACAAUGGAAAAGUGCUUCACAAUAUUUUGGCUGGAUAGGACCUAUAGAUAUAAGACAAACAAACAACAUAGUGUAAAACUGUAUAAAAAACUAAGUGGUAUGUAGAUAACUUGGAACACUCACAAAUUUUUGAGCCCUUAAGGUCGACUCUGAACUCUGCAGGUAUUGUAAUAAUCUCAGACUGAUGUAAAAGUGCCGUGCUGCUGUUCCCAGGUGGUAUUGCUCUUACGUUUUAAGAGAUUAGGAACCAAUGGUAAGUAUAUAAAAUACACUUUAUUUAAACAUCAAUAUAUAUAAAACAGAUGAGGGGUUACUAUAUCCUGUACGUUUUCCCAUAAAUAUGACAUUUAUAUGAUGAUGAUUAAAGUGAAAGUAAAAAUGAACGAGAAAAUUAUUCAAGUGUGCAUUUUAAAAUAAGUUACAGUUCCUUAAAGGAACUCUAAUUGUGGAGAAUACAAACAUGUAUUCCUAACACUAUAGUGUUAAGCUCCCUCGCCCCCUCAGAUCACGUUUUAAAUUUACCUUUUCUACCAUGUCGCGCCGAUCCCAUGGCUGGCCCGACUUCCACAGCUUAGAUCAUCAGUCUUGUCUCAUCCAAUCCAAUGUUUUCCCAUAGGUCUGCAUUUGUAAGUUAUUGCGCAUGUGCAGCAAAACACUGAACUACGCCAAUCAGCAUCUCUUCAUAAACAUGCAUUGAAUGGACGGGAUAUGCUAGUGUAUUAGGGAGGAUAGUUAGGUAGGAUCAGUGUUAAAUAAGAUCGAGACCUAUAUCUUACGGAAAGCUAGUCUGGGAAGAUGCGUCUGGCUGCUGCAUCCAUUGUAGAUUGUAACAGGGCUAACUGGAAGCAUGUCAGAUCACUGAGACGCAAAGUGAAGUAGUCAGGGCGAAACAUAUUGAAUCCAUUACUGCUUUUCACCAUCUCCACAGUGAAAUAUAAUGUGGGUAGCAUCAUGUUGUGACAUGAAUAUUUUUGGUAGGCAGAAGAUAGCCGGUCAUGAUUGAGGGCAAACUAAAAAUAGAAACUGUUGGAUUUUGUGACAAAUUCUAAAAGGUGGAUACAUACAUCCACACUUAGAUGCACAAAUUUACAAAUAUGUAUACAGGAACAAAUAAGUACACACAUAUCGGCAUGCAGCUUCUACUAUAGCACUGAUGCUCUGAUUUCUGCCUGCCAAAGCAAUUAAAUACUUCACUUCUCCUGUAUGUGGAGCAGGCUUAACAACAGAGGCCCUGGCUUUCUUUAUUUUUUAUAAUUUAGCUGCAGGUAUUUGAGGACCACAGUUAGCCUGUGCUGCCAGUCAGACAUAUAUUCUCCUGUCUUCUGUCUUUUGCUUUGGUGCUCCCCUUUGAUCUAACACUGCUUUAGUAUCAGAGGAAUGGCAAUCCCUUGGUCCUCUAUUAUAGGUUGGGAGGCUAUUCUAAUCUUGUACUGAUGUUGCCCUCUGGUCAUCUUUAUUUUAUUAACAGCCAGAUAACAAGAAGUUUUUGGGUCCUUCAUAGAGCCAUGAGACUUGGAAACUCCCUAGCCCACUGUUAUUCGCUGCAGCCACCCCAAAGGUCACACGUGGAGGAAAGGAGAGCAAUGGCUAGCCGUUUUUGUGGGGGAUGAGACAUUUUUUGUUGUUUUUAUUUCUUUGAACAUUUUGUUAAUCUCAAGAGGCUAGUCCAAAUAGCUGUAGAUUUUCCUGUAACAUGAUAUGCAAUUGUUAUUUCUCUAACUUUAUGGUAUGAACUUUGCAAUUCCCUUAUAAAUUCUCAGCAAUUACCAGAUUAGUAAAUAAUCCUGACGUGUUAUAGAAAGUAAGCAUUAUACAAACAUGCAUGGGCCACACAGGGCAUGUAAAUGAAAGGAAAGCUCGGAAAGAGUGAUUUACAGCCUGAGCAAGUAAGCAAGAACUUAAUGACUUAAUAUUUUUGGAUAAGCUUUUUAAAGGAUUUAAUAUUUUUGGAGAUAUUUCUUUCGAAAAAAUUAAAAUAUCAAAAAUAUAUCAAAAUAUUAAACAGUUUAAAAAAAUAUUUUAAAUCAAAAUCAUUUUAAAGGUUUAUUCAAAAUAUUGAAUCAUUUGAAAAACUUUUAAAAAAAAAAAAUAAAUCCAGGUUCAAAGUAGAUCACAAAUUGCAGAUUGGGAAUAAUCAAUUCUCUAUGUUAAUUUUAAUGUUUUCAAAUGCUGUAAUAUCGCCAUCUAGUGUAUACUUUUUAGAAUUAAUUUCUGUUUUGUUACAGGACACUGAUGUAUGUAUAACAUCGGUGGAAGUUUAUUAAGAAUUAUCUUGUUUAGUUUGUUAAGUUUUAGAUUUUUGUUUUUGUUUUCAGACUGAAAAAUCAGCAGUAAUUUUGUAGAUCAGAUCCCUUGAACCACCAGAGUCAUCCACUCCACAAUCUAUCAACAUGGCUGUAUCAGAUGGAAACAAAUGUUAUCAGUUUCCAAAGGACUUUGCAUGGGGUGCAUCUACUGCAGCUUACCAGGUUGAAGGUACAUGUUUCUCACUUUAUUUUUAUUUUUUUUAUCCAAAGUGAAAUUACAAAUCUCAUUCCAGAGAACAAAAAUUUUAUCCACAACCAAAUUGUGGAGCUAGUAUAACCGGGGCAAUAGAGAAUAUCAAAUCCAAGGUACAAGGCGAAGGCAAAGAAAUCCGUCCAUAGAAAAAUGAGGUGCUUUAAAAAAGGAGUAGAGGAGUCUUACAUUGGGGCCCAAAACAGCAGCACCUGUGGAGAGUGCAGAUUGCUAUCACAGGAGCAGGAGUAAUUAUGUACAACACAAAAGCCAGAUGCAACACCUGUGUAUAUGACUUCUAUUAGUGUCUGUUUAAAUAUCCUGACAUAUGCCUCAAAUCAUUAAAGAUAUAGGCAUGAAUAAAGUUAAAAGACAAAGGUCCCAAUUUCAUGAAGAGGAUAAAAGGCAUGACUUUUUAAAGGACAGAAAAGGCUAUCUUUCAACAUUUAAACAUAUGUACCUAACACAACAUUAAGUGUUACAAUGUUAAACACUGGAAAAAACAGUUGUCACAUUUUUGCUUGUAAUACUUUUUACACAUCCAGUGCAACUAAAAACAAACAAACAUUGUCAAAUGUCUAAUAUGUCUAGGCACUAACUGAUUUGUGGUAGGUUACACUAACCCUAUACCAACCCUCCCUAACAUUAACUCUAGAAUUACACUAAGUCUAACCAUAUACACAGCCUAACCCGGGGGUAGGCAACCUUUUAGCAUCACUGUGCCGAUAUAGGAUUGUGAUGUCCCGUAGCGUGCCGGUCCUAUUUUUUUAAAUUGAGGUGUGUAUGCUGCCGUACUCUGCUUGUGUUAUUUUUACUGUAAUUGCUUUGUAUCGUUGUAUUUGUGCGUAUAUGAGCUGUUAUAUUGUAUAUGUGCAUUAGUAGUUUAUAGUAUCGUGUAUGAUACAUAUGAAUGUGGGCUGUGUAUGAGGGCUGCUUGUGGAAUUCUGUGUGGAUGGAUAUGUCACAUUGUGUGUUUGGUAGUGUGUGGGGGCUGUUUGGGGUAUUGCAUGUGAGAGGCUGCAUGUGGGAUUGUGUGCAUGUAUGUGGAUUGUUAGUGGGGAUUGUGUGUAUGUUUGUGUGUGGGCUGUUUGUAUUAUUUGUAUGAUGGGAGGGUUAUUCUGCAGGUCUGUGUAUAUCUAGCAGUGUGUGUGGCUUCCCUGGGUUCCAGUGGGGACCAGGCUGACCAGGUACACGUCAAGGACAGGAGCUGCAACAGCAGCUGCAGGCUGCUCUACUACAGUGUGGAUUCCCAUUCACAAGUGCUGGGAGGAAGUGAUCUGAGGUCACUUCCUCUACGUUCUGCAAUGCAUAAAUUGAGGAUUUUCCUUCACCACCUUUUCGAAUUAGCAGAUAUCUGAAGUUUCACUGAGACGCCUAAUAGGCCAGAGCCUGUUUGGCUCUAGCAGCCUUGAGUGCCGUGGAAAGACACCUCGAGUGCCGUGCAUGGUACUAGUGCCAUAGGUUGCCUACCCCUGGCCUAACCUUACCAUUAACCCUACACUAUCCCUAACCCUAAACCAGCAUUAACCCUUACCUGACACUAAUACUAAUCCUACAUUACUCUACUCUACCUCUAACUCUAACCCUACCACUAACCCAAAGCAAACCCUUUCUAAUAUCAGUACUGAUGUCAUUGGAUAAGUUUCCUAAGUAAAACAUUAGAGAGUGGGUUAUUGCUGUGAAGUACUGGCUUUUUUCAGUAUUAAAGGAAGUUUUAACUGUAAUAGUAAGUGAAGAAUGCUUUUCCAGCCGAUUACACUCUGAUCGGUGCUGGGCAUCUGGCAAAACCUAGAACCAGUCACAAUUGGCUUGGACAUUUAAGAAAACCCUGUAAGGGUCUAUUCAAACCCUGGCCUUCAUUCCCUUCAGCAAGCAGCCUCCAACCGUAGAAUCACCACAGAUUUUGAGGCUGCAUACAGCUCAUCAGUCAGUCUGGGGCCACUGCAAAUACCCCAAUACGUACCUGAUUCCUGAUUCUCCCUGGUGUGAGCAGGGAUAUAACCCUGUUGACACAGUAAUGCAGCUACCUAUUUAAAGAGCUAUAUGCAGAGUUGACUUUCAGUGCUGCUUACCUCAUCCAUCUGUCUGAGACCACUAAAAAUGACUGGGGGCAACCACAGUUACCUACUGUUACCUGGAUCUCCUGUUGUGUGCAAGGAUUUAACCAUACUCACAUCACUUUGCAGCAAUAGGCAUUGACAUCGAUAUUCAAAUUGCUGUAUGCACCACUCAGUUUGAGCGCUGCAUACAGCUGAUCUGUCAGUCUGGAGCCACAAAAAAAUGGCUCCAGCUGACUGAUGGGAACUCAGGUAUUGAUUGACCCUAGUCGUACCAAAGCGCUAGGAUGUGUGAAUAGGCCUUAACGCCAGUAUAGUUAGGAUGUACUGACUCGUACUAACGUUGUUAAAGUCUUGUGUUUUAUUUUGUUUGAAACUGUUUUGUAUUGUCUUGUUAUAAUUUUGUACGUCAGCUUUUCAUUUUUAAAUCGCAUUAAACAAUUUUAGUUAUUUUUUCUUAUAUUAUAAAUAUAUAUCACUAUUAAUUGACUAUUGGUAAACCAUUAUCUUUUGACUUUUCACAUUAAUAAACCUCUCACCGUGUUUUUUCACUGUAAUAAUAUACCAUUCUACCCAAUUUGGGUUAGUAUUAACUCCUUCCUACCCACAAUUAAUCAAUAUAAAAUGAUAUAUGUGUGAAUAAUUAUGUACCAGGAUUACAUUGUGUGAAUCUUUAAUGCUGUUUCUAAAAUAGCAGCUGACACGUAACCAUUAUCUUGCUCAUAUUUUAUCAGGAGGAUGGGAUGCAGAUGGGAAAGGCCUCAAUAUCUGGGAUACAUUCACCCAUCAGGGAGGAGAUCGAGUUUUCAAGAACCAGACUGGUGAUGUUGCUUGUGGCAGCUACACUCUGUGGGAAGAAGAUUUGAUAUGCAUCAAACAGCUUGGACUGACUCAUUACCGCUUUUCUAUUUCCUGGUCACGUCUGUUACCUGAUGGGACGACAGGUUUCAUCAACCAGAAAGGUAAUUGUUUUUUACGUAUACAAGGUUAAAGCUUUAAUCAAGGUUAUUGCUAUUGCCUGAAAUAAUUAAUUCUUGGUGUCCUGUAGCACUAAUCUAUAUGUAAGUUUUGCAAGAUAACAUACAUGCUCUGUGUUAUGCUUUCUAUUUAUUAGGUUUGUGAUUUAAUUAGUAGAGAGUGUGAUUUAUUGACAGUUUAUUAGCUUGUUAAAAAUAUACAUUUAAAGAUGAAAUCCUAGAAAUAUCCAGGUGUUCUGGCACCUGGCUUGAGGUUGUCUAUUGGCACUCCUGGAUUUGUUUUUUUGUAUCACUCCACCCCAUUGUCAGUUAUUCACUAAAGGGAGAAUACAAGGUGCAUUCAAAGCAAAUUUCAAAUUUAAGGCCAAAAUAGCCAAACUGGAAACAUUCUCUAAGUCAGCUAUGCUCUCAGUUUGGCUACUCUGGCCUUAAAUUUGAAAUUUACUUAGGAUUCACCUUGAAUUCUCACUUUAACAAAUAACCCUAUAUGUCUUUGUGUAUCCACCUCACCCCCUUGUGUUUCUCUCCUAACCCCUUUUAUCUUACUGUGUCUCUCUAGUAACUCCCCUUAGCUCCUUAUACAUCUCUCCUAAUCCCUCUUAACCUUUUGUGUGUCUCUUUAAACUCCUUACCCCUUGUGUCUUUCUUACCCCCCUCUCAUUCUCUCUCUCAAAUGGUUUCUGCAGCCUUUUUUGAUACUACAUAAAAUAAUGCCUUAUUAGUGUUACUCUAUAUGUUUCAAAGUGCGUUUGAAAGUAAAUUUUUAAUUAAAUUAAUCCAGCACCUGACAAAGCUCCCUGGUGCACGCCUGUCUAACUUCAUGGGAGCUGCGCCGAGGUUCAAUCAAAAGCUUCUCCUAGAGAACCUUUUGAUUGGACCAUUUUACCGGCUCAGGGAGCAUGCGCGCAGUCUGAGCUGGCAAGGGGAGGGGUAUGGAGCUAGGGAGGGUAAUUAGAGAAAUAACGGAGGGAUUAGGAGGAGGGACGGUUUUAUUUAGGGUGAGUUGGAGGAGAGCGAAGUGCUUCUCCCUUGCAGGCUAAGUCUACAAGACCCAAGCAGGUACGUCUAUUUCCAGCAUGUAGUGCGCACUGACAACAGGCGUAAUUAAUGCAUAGAAUUAACAUUAGGCAGCCUGGAGUUCUGGCUAAGUAGGGGUUUCAACUAGGCCCCAGCACACACUUAAAAAUAACUCUGGAUGUGCAGUAUUUUAAGCUGAAAUACUGUACAUCCAUACUCCUACCACCAUGACCACUUCAUGGCAGCCCAGGACUCUGUAUUAGUGAAAAGCUAUUAAAAAGAGAAGCAUGGGUAAGAGGGAAGGAGAGGAUGGCUGAAUAAACUCUCCUGGCUCAGAGCUGUGCCUAAAAAGGUGAAGGGCAUGAAAACUUGAAGCCAUCUGAAUAAGUUAGGUGCCAUUUUUUUUUUAAACUAACAAAACUUUAUUUUCAAAAGAUAAAAAUACACUUAUAUACUUAUAUAUACAUAAACUUAAAUGGUUAAUAUAGUCACCAGAACUACUGCAACAAGGUGUACUUGUUCUGGUGUCCUUAACUGUCCCUUCAGGCUUUUCAAUGUAGAAACUACAUUUUCAGAGAAAAGGCAGUUUUUACAUUGCUGCCUAGUGUGAGAAAACCCACCGGGAGUUUGGGGUUUUCUCUGAGCAGUCAUCUGUUUGGUUUAUUCGUUUAUUUGAUGCCACAUUGGUUCGGUAGAUUGAAACUACCGACCACCCUCCUGGCUCAUUGACUUCAAAGGAGCCCGUCAAUUAAGCGUUCUCUCAGGGUGGCCGCCAUUCGUAUAUACGAAUGCCACGUGGAGAAAACGGCGGCCAUCUUGUUUGUUCGGGACAAAGGCAGCGGGAUUUGAUCGUCGAGUGUCUGGAACUAAAAUCGGACACUCGACUUCCCGAACACCGGUCUCAAACAUACGAACAAUGGAACUGUAUUUCCCGAACAGCUAGGAGAGCGCUUUUCGGUAUUUUGAUGUAUUCAUAUGAGGGGAACAAUCGCUCUUAUGAGCCAGGAGGCUCCGUUCGUGGAUUAUGGAGUUAUUUGACAUUUUCAGAAUUGACCGACCGCACACGCUGAAUUUGUGGAACUAUUUUGGGCAAGAGCUUUGUGUGGUUGGUAACUUAAGACUUCCACACUUUUUAAAAACCCCUGAACCGAUCUGGGUGAAAUUUGAAUAUGUUGUUCCCCCAGAUCGGGGUUAUUAGGGGAUGUGACAUUUGUGGGGAUACCUUAAGCAUAAAGGGGUGUUCUGAGUUUUGUGGAAAAUGUGUGCACUUCGCCUGGAGAUAAUUGGGUUAUUCCUUAACUUAUCUCAUUAUCUCACAGGCGGAGACAGGGAGUGUUUAAGUGUACCUUAUGAUUGGCUAUUUGGUUUGUGUAUUGUGGGAGGUCCUCCUGCAAGGGGAACUCCAUAAAAGCCUGUGUGGUCUCAAUAAACAUCAGUCUUGUUUCGGCUGGUGUUUGGGUACCUGAUUACUACUUAGGGAAAGCUGUACUAGAGGAGUUUGUUUCUUUGGACUUUAACUACCGACCAGAAGAACCGAAUGGUGAGCUAUAAUCACUCUGGCUCUCGGCCGUUUGGCUCAAAUCAUACGAACCCAUAGCUACCACUUCAGGAUUCGUUACACCUAGUAACACCUCUAGUGGUAGGCACUAAUAUGGCCACUAAAGGUGCUUCCUAUCUCAGUGCCCACCUUUCCCUCUCACCUAAAGAGACACACACUCACUGACAGACAUAUACAAACACUUACUGACAGACAGAGACAUUCACUAACCGACACAAACACUGACAGACACAGAUACACUAACUGACAGACAGACAUACACACACACAUUCACUGACAGACAUAUACAAACACUGACAGACAGAGACAUUCACUGACAGACACAGAUACACUAACUGACAGACAGACACACACACACACACUCGCUGACAGACAUACACACUCACUGACACACACACAUUCUCUCACACAAUCACAAAUUAUUUAUUUUAAUUAAAUUUAAGUACCCCCCAGUCACCCUACCUCUUGGAGAGCUGGAAAAGAACCUUUCCCUGGGGUCUAGUGUGGCUGCUAAAAUCUUUAAACUCUUCUUGCUCUACUACCUUGCGCGUUGUUUAGUGAUCCCACACCAGAGGGGCGCCCUAUUCUACCUCCCAGCAUCACAGCAGGGCUCAGGAGGGAGCAGAGCUAGAAGAACAUGAAAAUUUCAGCUCCCUCACUGCCUGUUUACAUUCCUCCUGCCCGCCUCCAUGCUCUUUCAGUGAGUCACCAGCCCACCUCCAUGCUUCCUCAGACGGUUGGCUGUCUGUUUUCUCCCUCAGCCAGCCUGGAAGACCACUGACCACCUCGAAAGGAACAGGAUAACAAAUCCCAGGCUCCAAGACACAGCUUCUAGUCGUCAUGGCGGCCUUGGAUUUGUCAAGCCCUGCAAUAAGGCAAUUUGACCAUAUUUAUAACAAGUUUCUAAACAUUUAUUGCAAAGUUUUCAACAUUUUUCUUGCUUUAUUUUGGUUUUUAUAUUUGUUUUAAAGUCUUUACUUGCUGGUUUAAAAAAAACUAUUGUCAAGCAAUGCAUGUCCCUUUAAUCCCUCCUUACUUCUUUUGUAUCUCUCUCUAAACUCCCCAAAGAUAAGGCAGGUAUGUUGUUCUUCCCCUUCUGAAAGUAAGGAGCAUGGAAUUGGGAGGCCAGAGAGGCAGGAUAAGACAGACCUCUCCCACUUCACACCUUCUCCUUGCAUUCUGCAGCACAGUGCUGGACAGAUACUAGACAGAGGAACGUGCAAAGCUGUGAUGAGGGAUUCACAAUUGGGAAAUGGAGGAAGUUAAAGGGAGAGUAGGGUGAUGGAGAUAGACACAGGCGGGUGGAAUGAAGGAGAGCGAAACAUGGUAUGGAAUAUGGGUUAAAAAGAGAGACACAAGUGGGAUAGAGAGAGAAGAGGGACACAGAAUGGGAGUUCUAUUUUCAAUGUCAUCUCUUGAUAUCACUGUGAUAAAAGAAAUUGGCACAAAUAAGUGUGUCAUUUUUCAUUUUAGUAACUGCAGUGCAACUCUGCUCAACUUUUCAACUCAAAUGAAACUCAAUUUUUGUUCUAGGAAUUGACUAUUACAACAUGGUAAUUGACAGUUUAUUGAAAAAUAACGUGGUUCCAGUGGUGACACUGUAUCAUUUUGAUAUGCCUCAAGCUGUAGAAGAUAGAGGGGGGUGGAACUCUGAAGAAACAGUUGCCGUCUUCGAGCAAUAUGCCCACUUUUGCUUUAAAACAUUUGGAGACCGGGUCAAACUUUGGAUUACAAUUAACGAACCAUAUAUUCUUGCUAAAUAUGGCUAUGAAGAUGGUGUUUUUGCUCCUGGUAAAAGCAAAAAAGGUUUUGAAGUUUAUCAAGUAGCACACAAUAUGAUAAAGGCACAUGCUAAGGCCUGGCAUGCAUAUAACAAUUUUUUCAAAAUCGAACAAAAGGGACUUGUGUCCAUUGCUCUUUAUUCUGAUUGGGCAGAACCUUUUGACCCAAACUCUACUGAAGAUAAAGAAGCCGCUGAACGUUAUUUAGCCUUUCAUCUUAAUUGGUUUGCAAAACCAAUAUUUGUUGAUGGAGAUUAUCCUGAAGUAAUGAAAGCUGAGAUUUCCAAUAGAAGCAAAGAGCAAGGUCUGCAAUCUUCUAGGCUACCAGAAUUCACAAAUGAAGAGAAGAUCAUGAUCAAGGGCACAGCUGACUUCUUUUGCCUUAACUACUACACAACGCGAAAAAUAAAAUGUCCUUCUUCUGAGAAUGUGCCAAGCUAUGACUCAGACAGGGCAGCAGAAGGUCUAAAGGAUCCUGACUGGCCAAUUUCUGGUAUCGAGUGGUUAGCUGUGGUUCCAUGGGGUCUUCGCAAGUUACUGGGAUAUAUUAAGGUAUUGUGCUUUAUUGUGUGCUUGAUGUACUUAGUUGACAAUUACAUGUUAUUAUUUUUUUUUAGUUUAUAUUUUUGCAGUGCAUAAGAUAGGUACAAACAAGCCUGAGGUACCCUAAUGGCAAUCCUCUGGCAUCAUAUCAAGCUUUACAAUUGGAGUAGUAGAUUGGACAUGCACAAUUUUAUAUUGUAUUAAUAAACGUUCGUAAAGAUUAAAGAUUUGGUAGCAAGAAUUAGUGAAACACGGUCUCAAGUGUGAAGGCUAUGCUAGGCUUUCUGAUGCUGAUUAGAAUGUAUAACAUGCUAGCUGGGUAUUUAUAACAGUAUAACAGGCUGAUAGCAGGUUUAACCCCUGGAAUGCCUCCAUUUUUCGUAGAGCAUGUUUAGAUAUAGGCAGGCAACUAAAAGUCAUUAAAACAGAAAGUAAACUAAAACACAAAUUUAAUGGUAUUGUCCGCCUGGGUGCAGACGGGCAAAAAUAUAGCCGCCUGUCCUGGGGAGACACGGGUGUCGUGCUCGGGAAUGUAGGGCAAUGUCAGCCAGUGCCUCGGCUCGGUAUAGCUAGAAAGUCCCCGGGUGCUACUGCGGUUGCCUGGGUGCAUUCCGGUGGCAGUUCUGGGCAUGGGUUACAUUUGUCAUCCCGCCUGCCCCAGGCCUCGCUGAGGACCUGCAUCAAUGUGCCCCGGACCUGGGGUGUUUUAGUCGAGUCCAAGUCCUUCCUCUCUGAGAGGUGACAGAAGCUCUGGGUGGUCUAUUGUCUCUUGCGGGGUCUGUGCUUCUGCCUCUGUGAGGGAUGCUUUAGGUGGGAAUUCCUUUUGGUUCUCUGCCCAGGUGGGCUGGGUAUGUGUGCCUUGGGUGUUUGGUGAGAGGUUGUGCUCAACGGGGCCUUGUGCACCCCAUUUCCUGCUCACCUCCGUUUGCUCCUCUGUCCCCUAGCUGCUGCUGUCGCACGUACCUCCAACCGUUGUCAGAAACUGGCAAAGAUGUCAUCUAGGUGCCGUAGCAUGCGAUCUAUCAUGGUACACCUCUCCUGGCCUUUGGGGGUACCAAGUUUACCCCUCAAAUACAUUAUUGAAGUGUACUUGAAGAUACAUAAAAUGACAAAAAAAAAACAAGGCAAAAAAAUUAUAGUGCAGAUGGGAUAGAAAAGUUCUAAUCUAGUGUUAAACGAAAAGCUAGAACCACUCAGAUGUUCUGGAGCCUAUAUAGCCGUAAGAUGGACCUUUUUUUUGCUCUUAGGGCAGCAACACACCACUCUCAUGAUGUCUUCUCCUCCAAAGGGGAUAUAGGGAGAAAAACAACCAAUGUGUAGUAUUGUAAAGUGGUGAACUUGGUAAUGGUAAGUAUUAAGCUCAUCUUUGUUAGAGCCUUCAAAUCCUUGAUCUAAGGGUAAUACACAGAGUACCAAUUUUCUGGGGAUGGCACCAUCCCAAUGAAGAUUCUCUAAGGCUUCAGAGGACUUUGUUGGAAUAUUAUUACACAUUUAUUACAGAUUAAAACAUAUAUAGUAAGUGCUAUAGAAAAUAAAGUCCAAUAAAAAGUCAAAAUCUGCUGAAACACGUUUUGCUCUUUUUGUGAGCUUCCUCAGUCAGCUGUGAUGUAGCCUCUGGAGUCUUCUUCUCUGGAAGUGUUGAGCUGCUCAUCACCAAGACACUUUAUUGUAUCACAUACUACCUCCAAGCAGAGGUAGUUUUUUUUUUUUUUGUUUAAGCUUCUUCCCUCAGUUUUUAGAACUUUAAAGUAAAGCAAUAAUACCCAUAUAAUUUGUCCACUUUUCAGCCAUUCAGUCUUUUUAGUCCUAUCCUCAGCUGUAGGUGGAAUAUUUGUUCUUGUUUUUGUUUUUUUAUAUUCUUUAUUUUUGCUGUGCAUUUAAUUACAUACAUGUUUGCAUUGCCAUAACAACUGGUAUAUGUAAUUGCGAGAGUACAGGAUUGGCAUUAUCAUGGCAGUAAAUAACAGCACACAUUUUUUAGUUAGUAGGAGCAGGUUAUGUAUAGAAAAGUAAGAGAAGCAUUAUAGGUCUGUCAGUGGUGAGUGGAAGCUUUCUAUUCGAGAUGAAUGUUGCUUAGACAUUAUGAUAUAACACAUGUUUAGUCAUCGCUUCUGAAACAUUAAAUGACAGUGUUAGCCUACGCUGUGAGCUCGCAGCUUGUAGGGUUAAAGUCGCUGGUUAGUUGAGUCCACGAUGAUUAAACAGGUUAAGUUAGGGUGGAGACUAAGAGUCUCAACCUGUUAGGUAAACUGGUAUUUUGCAACAUUACACUUUUGGCUACAACUAUUUACAAACAUUAAUACGAUGGAACAAGUUGGUAACUAUCAGCUUUUGUAGUUCAGGUAUACCUUCCCCUUCGGCAGCCCCAGUCUCUCCAAUGGCAUGAGCGUGGAGUUGUAUGGAGAUCAGCAGGGUAGGGCAGUUUGGAGGAGCAGGGGGUUAGUUCUGUGCAGUGCGUAUAUGGUUCCGUUAUCAUGGGAGUAGCGUAAGUCCCGGAUUAGAGGGAGCGGUAGUAUGUUACUACCGGAGGGUGCGUGUCCCAUGCCCCCUGCCCCAUGUCCCAGAGAGUCCCCCUUAGCCUAUGCCUUCCAGAGAUUUCCCCAAGCUUUGUGUCCCGGAUAGGGACUCACCCAUUCCGUCCGUCAGGUCUGUGUGCUUCAGGUGCGUUCUUGUCUGCUUGCUGAGGAGUGGGCGAGCUGCCGUUUUCCCGGACACACUUGCUGGUGCUGUGCUGGUCCCUCUUGGGUAGUGCAGGCUUGUCCCGGCGUUCGUGGUGACAUGCCUAGGUGCAGCUAGCUGUGUCUUGUGCUGGGUGGCAGUUGCUUUCGGGCGCCGCCACAUGCGUGUCCCUGCCAGCAGGUGAGAGGGUCUUCCUCCAUGCCAUAUGUUUUUGGUGCGCUUGGCCUGGCUGGGUGGGCUGUCUGGACGGGAGCGGCUUGCUGGUGCCAUAGGUGGGUCCGAGACCCGAGCCUUGGGGUUGCUCAGUCGGUCUUCAAGUUUUUUCCAGAAUGCGUCGAAUGUGGCCUCUAGUCGCGCCAGGAUGUCGAUCUCUUGUGUAAGACCCGGGUAUGGUCUCCGCCAUCUUGGGUCUAGCUUGAUUCUGUUGGGGCUGCUGCCACAGCUUCUGGGGUGGCCCUCCUGGGACCGGGAUGACCCCCACCGGUCCAUAGGGGGGGGAUUAGGGCCCACAAUCACACUUGUAGCUGUUGGAGGUGUCAGGGGAGCGGCCGUCUCCCCCGCGCCGACCAUGCUUGCAAGCCUUGAGGGGUACUUCGGUAGUUCCUGCUUGUUGUGCCUCAUAUUUAGUAUCCGUAGGUAGCCCUCGGUUUCGCCUGUCGGUUAUAUGCUCUUGUGAGGGAAUUGCGGUGCUUUGUCGGUUUAUAACCCGGGAGAUUUGUCCCGAAGAGCAGGAGCAGCUCUUUUCUGCGGUCAGGCCCCGCCCCCCUAUUUGUUCUUGUUUUACUGUAUUUUUGUUACCUUAUGGCAUAACUUGAGAGUUUAACAUUAGCAUUAGAGGAGAGUUCUAACUCUAUCCCCUGAAGAAUCUGGGAUUUAUACCCUGCAGGAUAAGUUCUAACCAGGUCAGGUUUUCUUAAAAACAUAAAAAAACAGCAGGAUAAAAUCAUCAUGCUUAAAGGCUGAAGGUAUAGUUACUAGGAGUUGAAUAAGGGUUUAAUUCACUAUGUACCUACAUUGUACCUGUAGAUGGAGUGAGAUAAGGACAUUGUUAUUGGGAAGGUCUAAUCAUUGUAUUCCUGCAGUUUUUAUCAUUUGUCUUGUUGGGAUUCUGAUUUGUGCAUAUUUCAGGUUCACAGGAUAUUAUAACAGAUGACAUGCUCUCCGAUUUGUUUUCUUGUUUUUCUCACUUUGCACAAGUGUGAUUUGUUUGUAAUCUCCCUUGGGUGUCUGUGCAUGCAUGACUUUCCAGAGACUUUAAAGAGACCAUUUAGACAGAAAAUGUAACCUCAAAUUAUUAUUUUUUUUAAUUUCAGUGGUGUGUUUUUCAGAAUCUUGCAUUUUAUCUGCCCCUACUUUUAAAUUGGAUUACAAUAAUAAGUACUAGAAAUGUCCUCUCUUCAUCUUCUGUGUGGCCAGUCAUGUAUUCCACUCCUAGACACCACUAACAUUUAUUUCCUCCGAAGAAGAGAAAGAACAAACUUUCUCGCUAUUUGGGCUGUAUUUCAAAGCCCUCGAGAGCAAGAAUUUAUGUUUACAGUAUAGAAGUUCUUUGGUGAUAAGAAAACAGUUUGAAAAUCAUGUGUAGAGGAUCUCCUCAGUCUCCAGUAAAUCCAUACCAAUCAAGAGACUUUAGCCUUAGGAGGUUAUUCUCAAAAUACGAUUCUGAUCCAGAACUCCUUCCUGAAUGGAUGGAUACUUGUUCUCGAAAUACAGAUUUGGCACAGUUGAUAAACUUACCUGCAAGAUUGCCACACAGUCCUACCAAAUGGUGAAGAUGAAUGCAGAACUAGUGAUUGAGGUCUUGAAUGAUCAUGGUUGAAUAGUCAAGAGGAGCAAGAUUCAACAAGACUCUAUUGGAUGUGAAUCAGAAGAUCUCUGUAUCCAGAGAAGCUGCCUAUCAGUUAUCGUGACAAUUAGAAGAAAAGUGGCAUCCAUUUGGAAGAACCAGAUUGGAUAGUGAUGAUAACAGAUGCUAGCACUUGAUUCUGGAGAACCCCUGCCAAGGACUUUUUGCCACCGGAAAAAUGGCUCAUCAGAACCAAAGUCUCCCCUUCUAAUUUGCUAGAACUAUGAGUGAUGUUAAAAGCUCCUCUCUACUUCAAGCAUAAACAACUGGGUAUUAAUACAGACAACCGGUAACAGUAUAGUCUUUAGGAGGGAAGAAAAAAAAGUCUGUUAUUCCAUGAAAUAAUGUGAUCAUGAUAUGGGCACAUACAUAUCUGGAAUGUCUCUUAGUCAUAUAUCUACCAGAGAAAGAGGAUAUAUUUUUGGACAUCCUCAGUCAUUUACAUAUGGAUCCAAGAAAAUUGAUGCUCACUAAAAAUAUAUUGUUCAGCUCACCAAACAGUGAAAUUUACCCUUAAUUCCUCACUUGUUCUCUAGAAAAUGGGGUCAUUAGGCAGAGGCAUGAACCAUUUUUGUAGGCUUUUUUUUGUCCCUGGUAACUAAUAUGUUGGGAAUAUUUUACUGAGAUUUCAAGUGACAAAGGUUGCUGCUUGUGUAUUUGUCUAAUGCCAGUUGCUUUUCCUUGUGAUCUAUAGCAAUUCCAAAGCUAUUCAAAUGUUUACAGCUCAAUUGAGAUUAGUGGCAGCUGGCAAGGUUGGAAGAUGGUGGGGCACCUGAUUCCACCUCCAGAAUUUGACUUAACCCUGUAGAGACCACCUUUUGACAUGUAGCAUCUGUAUGUUAUCCUCAUGUACUCAACCACUAAAGGUAGUUCCUUUACAAUACAGUUACCCAUUCAGUUUUCAGAGCCAGGUAUACUUUAGAGGAAAUCCAUAAAAUAUCAAAUAUAUACAAUACAGAGUUCUCAUAUAAGUUUAAAGGCUAAUCCAGGCCUGGAUGCUUACUGUGCUUAGAAAGGUAUCAGCUACACCUCAAAAAAGUUUCUGGGGUUGCUGUAUCUCUGUAAGGAAAUACAACACCUCUGUUUUCAAUUCUGCAUCAAUUUGACCACAGUCCUGCUGCACUGUUUUCAGUUUGGUUGCAUCCACAUCAUAUAUAGUUGGCUCCAGUUCCAAUGUAGGUUUAACUGUACAAAUAUUCAAAGAUAAGUCCUGCACUCAAACUCCCAGUACUCCUGAGUGGCAGCAUUGACCAAAGCACGCAUAGCCCCAAAUAAAACCAAAGAAAUUAGUUACUUGAACAGUAGCCCAAAUCCCUAUGCAUAUUUUAUUAACUGGUGUUUUUUGGUAUCACUCCAAUGGCCAUUAGGUGAAGCUCAUCUGCCAAACCUCUUAGGGGAGUCCUACACUAACAAUUCACCUUGCUUGCUUCAGGUAAAAAAAAAAUAUUAAAUGAGACACAGAGGGGUAUCCUUCUAAACCCCUACAUACUUAGGGUUAAUAAGUAUGUAGGGAUGUAGAAGGAUACCCCUCUCUGUCUCAUUAGAGAUUUUUUUGCCUGAAGCUGAAUGAAGCAAGGUGAAUUGUUAGUGUAGGACUCCCCUAAGAAGUUUGGCUUGACUUGGCAGGUGAAUAUCACCUAAUAGCCAUUGGAGUGAUACUAAAAACCUCCAGUUAUUUAAAUACAUAUAGGGAUUUGGGCUAGUGUGCAAGUAACUCUUUUCUAUAGUUUUUAUUGUAGGUUUACCGUAAAUGCAGCCACAAAGGAGAAGCCUUCAAUCUCUUAUGUUUGGCUGUGUGUUUCUGGAUGCAGUAUAGUAUGUACCAUGACUUGGGCCUGAGUCUAUAUUUACACUUGCUUUUUCCAUGAUCCAGUGCUACCUCAGUCACGUGUGCUGGGGGUGCAACUAACACCUUGCACACAUUAAAAAUAUCUCUGGAUGUGCAGUGUUUCAAGUUUGAAAUACUGCACUUUCAGACUCCAACCACCACGAUCACUUCCUUCAGAAAACAGGUGUGGUCACAGUGGUUGGGAUAAACCUUUGACUUUCCCUUGCCCCCUUCUAUUCUUAACCCAUUGUGUGUUUGAUCACCUUAUUACCUCCUUGUAUGUCUCCCUUAACCCCAUCUGAUCCCCUUGAGGGUCUCCCUUCCUUACUCACAUUUAAAAUGAUGUAUCUAUUAAAGGGACAUGCAUCACUUUGAAACAACAGUUUUACUCAAAAGUUUAAGCUUUGAAAGAGACAGUUUUCCGCACUCUGCAAUCUGAAAAAAGCAGGUAAAUAUGAUUUUAAAUAUUUACCUGCUUCUUUCUUAAGGUUUCCACACCCACAUUACUUAUAUAAUCAAUCAGUGUCCUAUACCUAGGAAUGCUGGAAAGGUGCAUUAGACACGUGCAGUUGGAAAAUCUCUUCAACUUGCAACAUUCUGACAGGUGGAGAAGAGAGGGCGUCUGAUCAGUGUGAUUAUGCAGAGCAGGCUCAGUGGUUGGGUUUCUCUCUCCUGCUGCUGCACAACGAUGCCCCUUUUCUGUAAUUUGUGAACUGGCCUGAAACUGAGAUGGGGUAGGGGUAGAAGGGGAAUGCUGAAGAAACUCCCCUAGCUCAGAAGUGUGCCCAAUAAGGCAUCCCAAGUUUAUAAUAAGUUUAUACAUACUUUAUUACGCAAAAUUAUUUGCUUGCUGGUUUAAAACAUUAAUUGUCAAGCGAUGCAUGUCCCUUUAAUUCCUCCCUUACUUAUUUUGUGUCUCUCUCUAAACCUCCCAUAGAUAAGGCAGGCAUGUUUUUCUGCCUCUUCUGACAAGAGAGCAGCAUGAAUUGGGAGGCCAGAGAGGCAGGAUAAGUCAGAACUCACUCACUUCAAGCCUCCUCCUUGCAUUCUGCAUCACAGAGCUCUAAUUGCUUACUGGGUAAUGAAACACGUAAAGCCCCAUUCUGUGCUGUGCACUCCAAUUAGGGAUAGUGCAGAAAGGAAGAUGAGGGAGACACACAUGGGAAGUGUGAUGGUUAGGAAGAUAGACACACAUGGGUGGAAUUAGGGAAACCUAUACAUGGUAGGUAAUAUGGAUUAAAAGAGAGACAUGAAUAGGGUAGAGAGAGAGCAGGGAGACACAGAAUGGAAAGUUCUAUUUUUAAUGUAAUCUCCUGACAUCACUGUGAUAAAAGAAUUUAAGUGUGUGUCAUAUAUGAUUUAAGUAACUGCAGUGCAAGUCAACUUUUCAACUCAAAUGAAACUCACACAAUUUCUGUUCUUUUAGGAAUUGACUAUUACAACAUGGUAAUUGACAGUUUAUUGCAAAAUAACGUGGUUCCAGUGGUGACACUGUAUCAUUUUGAUAUGCCUCAAACUGUAGAAGAUAGAGGGGGUUGGAACUCUGAAGAAACAGUUGCCAUCUUUGAACAAUAUGCCCACUUUUGCUUUAAAACAUUUGGAGACCGAGUCAAACUAUGGGUUACAAUCAACGAACCAUACAUUGUUGCUAAACAUGGCUAUGAAGAUGGUGUUUUUGCUCCCGGUAAAAGCAAAAAAGGUAUUGGAGCUUAUGAAGCAGCACACAAUAUGAUAAAGGCACAUGCUAAGGCCUGGCAUGCAUAUAACAAAUCUUUCAGAAGCCAACAAAAGGGACUUGUAUCCAUUGCAAUUAAUUCUGAUUGGGUAGAACCUUUUGACCCAAACUCUACUGAAGAUAAAGAAGCCGCUGAACGUUAUUUAGCCUUUCAUCUUAAUUGGUUUGCAAAACCAAUAUUUGUUGAUGGAGAUUAUCCUGAAGUAAUGAAAGCUGAGAUUUCCAAUAGAAGCAAAGAGCAAGGUCUGCAAUCUUCUAGGCUACCAGAAUUCACAAAUGAAGAGAAGACCAUGAUCAAGGGCACAGCUGACUUCUUUUGCCUUAACUACUACACAACGCGAAAAAUAAAAUGUCCUUCUUCUGAGAAUGGGCCAAGCUAUGACUCAGACAAGGCAGUAGAAGGUCUAAAGGAUCCAGACUGGCCAAUUUCUGGUGUUGAGUGGUUGGCUGUGGUUCCAUGGGGGCUUCGCAAGCUGCUGGCAUAUAUUAAGGUAUUGUGCUUUAUUUUGUGAUUUAUGUCCUUAUUUUGGCAAUUACAUUUUAAAACCUGUGCACUUUAAUAAAAAAAGCUUGAUGUCUAAAUAUGGCAGUAUCAGUUAUGGGUAGUUUCUACUCUCCGUUGGUAAAACUGGAAAGUAAAGUAAGAAUACCCAUAUAAUUCAGUCUUUGUAGUCCUAUCCUCAACUGUAGGUAGAACAUUUGUUCUUGUUUUAUUGUAUUUUUAUUAUGGCAUACCUUGAGAGUUUAACAUUGGCAUUACUAGAGAGCUCACACUCUAUCCCCUGGUAUAUACCCUAAAGGAUAAGUCCAAACCAGGUCUUUUUUUACUCUGACCAGUUGUUUCGUUGGGGUUCUGAUGUGUGCAUUAUUCAGGUCCACGUGAUUAUUAUGGCAGAUUUCAUGCUCUCUGAUUCUUUUUCUUGUUUUCAUUACUUCACACAACUGUGAUUUGUCUGUCAUCUCCUGUGGGUGUCUGUGCGUGCAUGACCUUCCAGAGACUAUAAAGAAAAAAAGGGACAGUUUCGACUGAAAAUGUAACAUCAAAAUUGUCUUUUUAACUCAGUGCUGUGUUUUUGAGAUUCCCGCAUUUUAGGUGCCCCUACUUUUGAAUUGAUUCCAGUAACAAAUACUAAAAAAGUCCUCUACACUUUCAUUUUCUGUGUGGCCAGUUAUGUAUUUCAUUCCUAGACACUGCUAACAUUUAUUUUCUUCCAAGAAGAGAAAGAAAAAACCUUCUAGCUAUUUGGGCUGUAUUUGAAAGCACCCAAGAGCAAAAAUGUAUGUCUAUAAUGUUUAAGCACUUUGGUGGAGGGAGAACAGCUUAAAAAUCAUCUGUGGAAGAUCUCCUCAGUCCCCAGUAAAUCCAUACCAAUCAGCCUUAGGGGGAUUAUUCUCAGAAUUAAAUUCAGAUCCAGAACUCCAAAUUUGGCACUUAAACUUAUCGGCAAGAUUGUCACACAGUCCCACUAAAUGGGGAUGAUGAAUGCUGACCUAGUGAAUAAACAUGAUUGGAGAGUCAAGAAGAGCAAGAUUCAACAAGACCAAAUAAACAGGACUGUAUUGGAUUGGGACAGAAGAGCUCUGUAUCCAGAGAAACUGUUCAUCAGUUAUCCUGACGAUUAGAGGAAUAUAAUAUGAUGAGUGACCUCACUUUGGAAGAACCAGAUUGGAUAGUGAUGAUGACAGAUGCUAGCACUUGAUGCUGGAAAAACCCCUAAUAAGGACUUUUUGCCAAUGGGAAAAUGGCUCACCAGGACCAAAUUCUCCCCUUCCAAUCUACUGAAAAUAUAAGUAAUCUUUAAAGCUCCUCUCUGUCAAGCAUAUCCUAAAAGACAUCAGGGUACUAAAACACACAUCUGGAACCAGGAAGUCUUCAAGAAGGAAGAAAAAACAGUCUGUUAUUGCAAGAAAUAAUAUAUCUGGAAUGUCUCUUAUUCAUAUAUCUGCCAGAGAAAGAGAGUAUAUUUUUGGACAUCCUCAGUCAUUUGCAUAUGGAUCCAUGAAAAUUGAUGCUCACUAAAACAUGUUUUGUUCUGAUCACCAAACAGUGAGAUUUACCCUUAAUUCCUCACUCAAAUUUUAUUGUAGGCAGUGUUUUGAGAAUUUCAUCAAAUACUCAAAUCCAGGUAUAAUACAGAUCUCUCAUAUAAGUUAAAAGGAUUCUAAUAUAAGUUAAAAGGUUAUCCAGGCAUGAAUCCCAUGCUUACUGUGCCUAGAAGGGUAUCAGCUACACCUUACUGACUAGGCCCAAAGAAGUCUGAACGAUUGCCUGAGGUUGCUGUAUCGCUAUAAAGAAAUGCAACAACUCUAUUGACAUUUCUGCAUCUAUUUAUUCACAGUCCUAGGGAUCUGUUUUAAAUUUGGUUGCAUCCACAUCAAAUAGAGUUGACAGAUUUAAAAAAUGAUGCAGCCGCAUCAGUUCCCUCUGGCUCCAGUUCCAACUUAGGUUUAACCAGGUCAAAACAGCCACAAAGGAGAAGUCUUCAAUCUCUAAUGUUUGGCCUUGUCUUUCUGGAUGCAGAAUAGAAUGUACCAUGACACAAACUAAAAUUAACCGAAAUCCUGAAUGACAUAAGCUGCAACCUUGGCAUUCUCGCCGAAGCCCAGCACAUGUGUCAGUGACACUUAAUUGACAUAAGGUCUUGCUCCUAUAUCUACACUUUUUUUGUGUCUUUUCGUGGCUCCAGAGCCCGCAAGAGCGCUGUAUUGCUCUGACUUCCUGUUACGGACCUGGCUACAUUAUUGAUCAUAAAUUCUUCUAUUCCUGAAUAGUGUACCAGACCAGACCUGUUCCUGACUUCGAGUUAUUCCAGUUACCUGCACCAGCUUGGUUAUUCUGCCAUCCUCUAGAUUGUAAGCUCGUUUGAGCAGGGUCCUCAACUACCUAUUGUUCCUGUUACAUUUUGAUAUUGUCUCAUUUGGUAAAAUCCCCUCUUAUUGUAAAGCACUGCGGAAUAAGCUGGCACUAUAUAAAUAAUAACAAAUAAUAAUUACUCACUGUAAGGUGCUGUAAUUGGCCUACUUUGGCUUUUGUAGAGUUGCUGCCUCCUGCCAUCCUGCUGAAGGUCCUUAUCAAGGACAAUCUCAGAAGAAACUUGACAGCAUUUCUUGUCUGGAAUGCCCUUGUAUGUGGGAUCAGUCUGAUAUGUAAAUUAUAUAGGUUCUCUCUGUGAUGGCACAAGUGAGCAAAAUCAUUUUUCAGACCUGUACCUGAAGUGGGGACUAACUGAACGGCAAACUAAUGAAGCUAUCGAGGUUUCUCUGAGCUUUUGACACUUUUUCAGCGUUCUUGUAUUCUUUGUUUUUGUUGCAAUACAAUACAGAGAUACCCAUACAAUACAAGGAACCCAGUACAAAAAGGAGAUACUAAUACAAUACACAGAGCUGGAUACAACUCAAAGUUACUUAUACAAUACACAGAGCUGGGUAGACUUCAGGGACACCCAUACAACAGACAAUGCUGAGAACAAUACAGAGAUACAACACAGAGCUGGGUACAAUAAGAUGAAAUCCAUAACUAUCCAACACAGCCAGGAUCACUGUGUGAUGGAUUACACAAAGCUGCAAUACAGAAAUACCCAUGCAGAACAAUGCUUUGUAUUUCUAACACUAUAGUAUUCCUUUAACAGAAGCAGCGAUCAUUACAGAAUCAGCACAGCUCUUAGCCCAAGUUCUGUAGUACCACAAGCAGCCUACAUACACAUGCAACACCACAAACAAACUCACAACAAACAAAUAAUACAAGCAACUGACAUACACUUAUUACAGGCAGCAAACACAAAUCAGACAGCCCACACGCAAACAUACCACAAACCGCCACACAUACCUCACAUAUCAUGCAACCCACAUGCACACAUACAAAUGCUACGAACAGUCCACAUACAAACAUAAUACCACAGAGAGCCUUACACAUUGAUUCCAAAAAUAGAGAGCAAGCAUACAUAACACAAUACCACAAACAAACCACACAUAUAUAAGCUCAGAAACAACUCCCGCCACACAUGCACACAACACCACAAACAGCCCACAUUCACACACAAAUCCUACAAGCCUACUGCUUCAUACACAGAAUACCACAAACAAAUUUGGGAAAAUUAGGGAAACAGAACAUGAAUAAAAUUUGUGAAAGAGAAUAUAUAUAUAUAUAUAUAUAUAUAUAUACACACACUAUGUAUGUGUUUUCUUUCUCUGGUUACAAGUGUCUGUUAGUCCAUCCAUUGUUCAGUGCUACGGAAUUUGCUGGCACUAUAUAAAUAAUAAAAUAAUAAUACAUAUAGUGGCCUCUGGAAAUGGAGUCAAAAGUGUUUUAUAUGGCUGAUUGGCAGACGAUAUGUCAACUCUCCAUUUUCUUUACAUGUUAUCAUAUUAUUUUAAAGGCAUUUAAUUCUUCUACCUAAACUAUUGUCUUCUAAUCACACAUUAAAUUUUAGAUACAUUUCUUUUUUAUAGGACACAUGUGGCAAUCCAGCUGUUUAUAUUACCGAAAAUGGAUUUGCGCAGAGUGAUCCACCAACAUUCCAGGACUUGCAAAGGUGGACAUACUUUCAGGAAACAUUGACUGAAGUUUUAAGAGGUAAAUUAUUACUAUCAUUAUUAUUCUUAUUAUUGGUUUAUGUUUUGCUUACCAUAUCAUUUCUUACAUCAUUCCAUACGCCGCCUUGACCAUAAGAGAGAAAAAAAUCCUUUCUUAUCUGUAGGCCUCUAAAAUUGUGUAUCUAAUCUUUAAAUAUAUGUAUUUAAGUGUCAUGUCAUCUUUUUUUCGAGAAGCAAAUGGUUGCCCAUGCAACCAUGGUUUCUCAACCAGAUUGCAUAAAGUUCUGAGAGUCAAGCUGAAGACAGCGAGAUGGGCUUAUACUAAAUUACAUAUUAAAACAAUAGAAUAAAUACUGCACCAGUAAACGAAAUGACAAUUUGGGAUCAAUCUAAAAAACACAAAUAACAUAACAUAGUGCAAAAUGUAUAUAUAUAAUGAUAGAGCACAGGAUACAAAGUGCAGAAUCCAAAAUUUAUUGAACAAAUAAACAAUUAAAACAGGGACAAUAAGCAGUGUAUAAAUAGUAAAAUAUACUAGGCACAAAGCUCUUAUUUACUCUGCAGUGUUUUAUUUAGGCUUUGUGCCUAGUAUAUUUUACUAUUUAUACACUGCUUAUUGUCCCUGUUUUAAUUGUUUAUUUGUUCAAUAAAUUUUGGAUUCUGCACUUUGUAUCCUGUGCUGCUCUCCUCAAGGAUAUCAUUUUAGCCUUUUUAGGCACCCUCCUGCAUAUUAUCCAGAGCCUGGGACGGCUCUAAAUCCUGUGAGUUUUACUCUACAUAAGGGGUCUAUCAUUAUAUAUAUACAUUUUGCACUAUGUUAUGUUAUUUGUGUUUUUUAGAUUGAUCCCGAAUUGUCAUUUCGUUUACUGGUGCAGUAUUUAUUCUAUUGUUUUAUUAUUUAUCUCUAAGUGUUGUGGGAUACACUUUUCACUGCACCAGCAAUUUUAUAUUUGUGAUAAUUGGUAGCGCCAAUACAACUUGAUUUCUUUGUACUAAAUUACAUAUACCUAGGAACCACUAAAACCCAAAAUGCAAGUACUUUAGGUGUUAACCUUGCAUCCCUUCUGACUUAUUUUAUAAAAGUGCCAAUUUUUCAAAACCCCUUUGUUAACUAUUCCUGGCUGUCUAAACUCACUUUGAAGCCGUGCAUAUGUCCUUGUCUCAGGGCUUCUGUAGUAGAAACAUUGAAUUGUGAUUAUCUUUUGGGGGCAGAGGUGAGGGGAGAAGAUGGCCUUAAUGUUGGAUUAGAGGUAAGUAACUUGUUUUCCUCAGGACACAAUGAGGGGACCCUAAAUAUAAAAUAAAAAAAGAAACACUCCAACAUUAAACAAAAAAAAAUAAUGUAUUUUUCAUUAUUAGUAUUUUUAUUUAUUUUUUAUACUAUUGUAUUGUUGAAUGCGCGUAAUCCUAUGCUUGCUAGUUUCAAUGGAAUUUUGGGUGAUACAAGGUUUUCUUCUUUAAUAUAUGUUUUUAUCUGUUUAUGAGUUAUAUUGCCUCUAGGAUUUUUGACUUUUUCUUUAAAUAUCCAGUUUCUGUUAUUAAUGCCUGCUCAAUCAGGUAUGAGAAUUUGGUAUAUACAGGGGUCCUUAUAACCAGCAAACACGCUAGUCUUGAAAGAAUACUGAGUUUAUACAAUCUAAAAGCUUUAAAUAUGUAUAAAACGUAACCAGAAACAUGUAACAAUAUGCUUUUUUGGGGGCACUUUCCAAUGAUAAACCUUGACAAAUACCACAGAGCCAUUAAAAAGGAAAAUGGUUACUAACCCACUGAUAUUCAAAUAAUAACAUAUCAUGGAUAUAAUGUUUCACAUCUAAAUAUCUAGAUAUUUUAACACUAUCAAAGUAUUUAAAUUAGUUUAGAAAUAUUGCCCUAGGGUCAGUAUUUUACAUCUACCCUCUCUCUAAUCUUCAGACUUUAGUUUGUUGGGGGUUAUUCGUAAAGAGCAAUUCCAGGUCAAUGUUGUAAAGAUUAAGCAAUUAACAGGAAUAUUAUAUUGUUUUGCAUGGUCAUCAGUCCACUUUUAGAACUUUACUCCAAAAUUAUGCUUUGUUAAUAAACCCAAGUAAGUCCCAAAUGAGCCAGGAUUUCUCACCAUUUAGGAUGCCCAAAUAAACAAAAUUGUAUUCUCAUUAAGAAAAAGUUAAAAUAUUAUGCUAUCAAAUAUAAUUUUUUGAAUAAUUAACAAAGUAAGAAACAAAGAAAGAAGUGCUUGUGAUGUAUAGUGGCACAAUCUACUUUUAACAGCUUGCUUUAAAAUAAGUAUAUUGAAGGAUUCUACAAAAUAGAAUUAUAAGCUAACAGUGAAAUUAACUGGAUAACAUGGCAUGUAUGAGAAUAAGACAAGAUUCUAACAUGUUUUAAUUAGCUUGCUUUGGCAUGCAGUUAUGAUGAGAAGACACAGCAACACGUUAUCAAAGGGGCUCGACAUGUCAUUAUGACACCUGGAAGAGGUUCCUUGAUUAAAAGCCCAUGAAUGACAUACGGCUACUUGCUAUCAGAACCGGGUUUUUUAUGGUUUUACAAAUCUUGAAACAACACUAUGCUGCUUUAAGUCACUUCUCAAGAAAAUAUCGGUAAAGUCUGUACAACUAGACAUAUUCCCUACAAUUCUCGACCACUUGAUUUCCAUGACAAUAUUUUAGCUAUGUACACAUAGCUGGCAUAUCACGAUAAAGUGUUUAUUUCCCAGAUAGCCAUGUUCCAUUCUUGUUCUAUUUUUAUCAGGGGCACAUAUUCUUUUAAUUGAGGUACCAUAAUAAAAUAAAACAAAUUCUCCCUGUGAAUGUUAUUUUAAGAAAGGAGCAUUUAGUAAGUCUUCUCACUGACAACAGGCAUGCAACAUAAUCUCUCUCUCUCUCCUUCUCAUGGUGAAAGUGAAAAGUUUAAGUGGGUUCAAAGUGAAUUUUACAUUUAAAGCCCAAAAAAGUUAAACUGAAAGCAUAACUGACUUAGAGAAUUUUUAUGGUUUGGCUAUUUUUCCUUAAAUUUGAAAUUCAUUUUGAAUUCACUUAGAAUUCGCACUUCCUUAACGCCCCAAACUAGUAAUGUUGUAUCUUGAACAUCAGUAGAUAUUAGACUUGUGCGCAGCAUGAUUGUUCAUUUCAGUCAAACCAUUUUGCCGAAAUUGACCUUUUGUUGGAGACAUAGGACAUAUAUGUGAUGGUUUGGUUUGACCAAAUGCCGUCCAUGGAGAAAUAUUACAGGAAACAUUUACACAAACCAAAAAGGGUGUGAACAUGGUUCAAUUGGUGCACUACAAAAUGUAUACACAUAAAUAUUUACAUAGUAUGUAAAUAUAUAUAUAUUUUUCACUCCUCCUCCUUUUUUUACAUCUAUAGGUCACUUCACACUUGAUCCAUGAAUAAAAUAAACAUUUUGUGACUGUCCCCUUUCCAUUCAUCGUCUUUUUUUUCGCAUCAAUCAUAUAUUUAUUUAUUUUUUAGGCACCACGGGCGGAAUUGCGAAUUCCAAAUGUUUGGCCAUGGUCAAGUCAGUUGAUCGGGUAAACGUGUAUAUGGUGCUUUGUAGAUAAAAUAAAUUAAUUCAAACAGCCGAUUAGUCCAAAUUCAGAUGACCAAAUGCUCAAGUCUAGUAGCUGGUACUAUACUAUAUAUGAUAUAUACAACCUUAACUUAGAAAUAUUUUUGCUUUUAAUGAGGAAAUCUAAACACAAUAACCUCUACAGCUUUUUGUAGUGGUUGUAGUACACAGAGCCUGCUGUUAAUGUCCCCUAAAUUUGUGUGAAACCACUUUUAAGCAGUUUGACAAAAUACAGGUGUCGUCUAGCUCCUACUACCUUGCUCCUCUGCUGCAGCUCAACUCGAGAUGAAGCGAACUCCCACAUUCUACAUUAGUGCAUCCAACUUAGGGUGGUAAUGAUAAGCUGAAAGUGUAGGCUAGUCCUCCCUCAAAACUCUCCCCCUGUCAUUGGUGCACUAGUGCAGAAGUCUACAUUUUAUCCAAGACACAGCACAAGAAUUGGACUUUAGGUACAGAGAGAGCCAUGGUUUUUGUUACACCACUCAAAAACUGUUUGAUAUACAACCUGACAACAGCUUCUACAGAUACAUUGCACCAUAGGUUCUACAAUGAUAUGUAGUGGCUAUGGUGCUUAGAGUUUAGAUUAGAUAUACUAUAGUGGCCCCUUUAGAUUUGCAUGUCACAGGUAAGAGACUUAAGUUGUAUGUGUGCGAAAAUCUCAUCAUGUAUUCCACUUGAAAACUGUCAAGUUAUUAACUAAAGUGAGAAUUCAAAAUUAAUUCCAAAUUUAAGGCCAGAUAAGCCGACUGAAAGUGUAGCUGGUUUAGAGAAUAUCUCCAAUUCGGCUAUUUUGGACUUAAAUUUGAAAUUCACUUUGAAAUGUCUCUUUAGUGAAUAGCGUUCUGUGAAUUUCGUUAAGCAUGGAUCUACUAAACAAUUACCACAUGCCUGUUCUUGAAACUACAAGGUGGUGAGUUCUUUGUAUGCUGCUCAUUCAAGUAUACAUGAUAACAUUCCCUUCCUAACUCAAUAUAUAGCGGUUUUUGUUCCUAGCAAAAUUUUAGUUCUGAAAUAAGGACCAUCUUGAUUUUUAUUUUACCGUUAUAAUAUUUUAUGCGGUCAAUAACAGAAAGAGAUUUUGUUGACCAAAGACAGAAUAAAUUCUGUCGCCUGGGAUUAAACUGUUAACUUUAUAGUAGACCUGAUAUUCAAUUACUAGUGAUAAAUUUAUCUCCUGUAAUUGAACACUGCCACAGAUUUCUGGAUAGCCAUACAGGAAUGCUUAUCUGCAUAAAUAUAAUAUAUACAAAAAGAUAAUCUGGAAAUAUGCAUAAUCUAAACAUUUAGGAGUCAGAAGGGAAAUUAUGCAAGCCCAAAGCCUAAUUAUCCAAGUUUAUUUUUAUACUUUGAUGUUUUUCAAAUAUUCAGUAGUUCAGUAUGUAUAGUAUAUCACAUUCUAGUCCUGCACUGUAGUCUGGAGGUGGCAGCAUUUGCCUACUUUUCUCUGGUUCUCUUUAAUUUGCAAGAUUAAAAGUAUUUCUAAUGCGUACACAAUUGUACCAAACUUCAAUAUUCUAAGCAUGUACACCUGUUCAAAAGUUGUUAUAGGAAAUAAAGAUUAAGUUGAUAUGAAAAAUGUUUUCACUUAAACAAAAAGCUUUUCCAGAACUUUGAGUUCAUUACAUACCCAAUGUUUAUACAUUAUUGUAAUAAAAGUCGUCUUCGUGCAACAAAUGCAGCUUUGUUCUAGGUGUAGUCCAGCUCUCAGAGUAAACUCUUUAACUCUUUUAGUGUAAAUUGUUUGUGUUCAGGGCAUGGAAAGAAUUGUUUUGGUCACAUCAAAUUUACUCUAUUUUUUUAAAUAGAGAUUUCAGAAAAAAUAGCACUUAUUAUAUAUCAGGAACAUUUUAAUUAGUAUCACGGAAUAGUAAAAAAUAAUUAAUGAUCUGGGGUUUCUACUGGGAACUUAAAAGGUUACUCCAACAUCUAAGCAUUUAUAAAUCCUUUUUGUUUUAACUUCCUAUGCCCUAUUGACCAUUUCUAGCUAGCUCCCCGCUCCCCUUCCCCCCACGCAUACACUUAAAUCUUACCUGAAACCUAGCGCUGGGCAAAGCUCCCAGCACUCCUAUCCACGCUCCCAUCCAAUGUUGCCAAGGACCUUGUGCUGUCCAAUCAAACACUUCUCAUUGAGAAGCAUUUGAUUGGACGCAUGUGCGUGUUCUAAGCUUGCGAGGGAAGGGAUUUAAAAAGAUAUAUAUCAAUCUAUGUUGUGGAGGAGGCAGGAGGGAGCAACAGAACUGGCAGGAGCUGUCUGCAACAGGACAGACUGGCCAUGAAUGUCAUCAGCGCCCAGUGCACACUGAUGACAGGCAUACAUUUUGCACAGAAUUUAUAUUGGACAUGCCAGAAGAGAGUUCUGGGCUACUUAAGUAACAUGUGCCGUGGGUGCCAACAAGAAACAAUGCACAUGUGGACUCCUGCCACCAUGAUCACAUUAAAUCACUGACGUGGUCAUGGUGGUUGGGGAAAUCAUUUAAAGAAUAAGUACCAUUUCCUUAUUCCUUGACCUCAGUAAAUGCCAAUGCAGUGUUGACUGGGAUGAAUAAUGCAGUGGAGGUAAGUAUAAAACUUACCUCCACUGCAGUUCUGUGUUGCAAUGACAUCGCCAUUCUAUAAUGCCUUACGUGUAAGUGAGUUUGAUUAUCUAACAGAGAAUGCUAUGUGCAUGUCAGUGCAAGACUUAACUAAUUUACAUAGUUUGCUAGCCUUUCCCUCCCCGCAUGUCAAUUAAAAUACAUAUUUAUUAAAAUAAAAGAAACUUUUAAUAUUUAAAGAAAUAUCACAAUCAAUAGCUUACUUUUCGUUUGCUAAUAUAUUGUGCUGAUAUCUGUGAUGUAUGCAGGUUUCCUGUCCCUGUCUCCUAGCACACAGUUCCCUAUAACUGCAGCAGUUUGCAUCAUUGCAUCUACAAAAUUGAACUUUCUGUCCUAGAUAUUGCCUUCUUUUGGAUCAACAGCUCUAACUAUGUGUGAAAUACCGAACCCGAUGGGCUUUGGUGGAAUCUUUUUGUGUGUCUGCAAUACUAUGUAACAAUGUCAGAUGUUGGAUCUUUACAUAUUCCUCUGCCAAUGUCUGUAUUUAUUUGUAUGGACACACAAUCAACUGUCAGCAGCCAUGAAACCAGGCUCAAACCAACCUAAUCAAGCCCAAGCAAAGGCUCCUUUGAACUGCAAUACUGCUUGACUGAGAAUUUGCAGCAGCUGUUGGAACAUUAAAAGGACACUAUAGUAACCCAGACCACUUCAGCUCAAUGAAGUUGUCUGGGUGCCAGGUCCCCCAGGUUUUAACCCUUCUAAUGUAAACAUAGCAGUUUCAAAGAAACUGCUAAGUUUACAUUGCAGGGUUAAUCCAGCCUCUAGUGGCUGACAGCCGCUAGAGGCGCUUCUGCAACGCUGGAUGCAAAAUUUGCAUCCAGCGUGCAGAACAUCAAUAGGAAAGCAUUGAGAAAUGCUUUCCUAUGGACUGAUUAAAUGCGCAUGCGGCUCUUGGCGUGCAUGCACAUUACGCUCCACACGGGAGCUGACGUCAGAGGGGGAGGGAUUAACGUAAGUAACUGAAGGGAUUUUAACCCCUUCAGUGCCAAGAGAAGGGGGCCCUGAGGGUGGGGGGGACCUAAGGGUUAUAUAGUGUCAGGAAAAUGAGUUUGUUUUCCUGACACUAUAGUGAUCCUUUAAAGAUGAGUAUCUUUUUUAUUUUAAUUUUCUCAUAAGAACAUGGGGUUACCACCUAUUUUAUUCAUUAAUUGUAUUUGGAGGUUAUAUCAAGAUAAAGAAUAAUGUGUUUAAAAUGUAAAGGGCUUAUUUUCAGAGAAACAGGGUAUUAGCACCUCCCACCUCUGCACGCUUAUUUUGUUUGUUUUUUAAGUUGUCUGUUUGAUAAUGAAAUAAUAAUAGCCUCAAGAAAAUGUUUUUACUCUGCACAAAUGACCAAAUAUAAAUCAAGAAACCUAAUCCAAAGUAUGUCCGUACAUUCUUAGGCAGGUCAGAAACUAAGAAACGAACAAUGUGUGCAGAGGCAAAACUCCAAUUUCCUGAGAUUGAAAUACUUUUUAGAGUGUUCUGAUUCACCAUCAGCUUUGUCAGUCAAUCUAAGCCAGUCUGUGAGGUGCAAGGAGAUUGGUAUUUACUGCGUCAUUCUGGGGGAGAAAUUUUUAGUGUGCUAAUCUGAUCCAGUCCUAAUCAUACCCUAUUGCUGCCAGAGCAGACAGCGUUUGAGAGUAGCCUUUCUUAAGCAUGAACGGGUUAUUCCUUUAUACUAUGGGAGUAACUUACCCUGCCCCCCCACCCCACUUUUCCAGCAGUACAUACCUUCACCUGUUAUCUCUUCAUUCUAUCCCAUAUAAAUACAUCAUAUCCACUGCAAGCAGUAACUCCCAUUUUCACAAAGAUCGCAUUAUAGAGAAAAAUAAUUUUCAUCACUCUAUAAUGCCAAAGUUAAAAUUGAAUAUAAGGAGAUCUUUUGAAUAAUUAUAAGCUCUGUAUGAUGGUAAAUUUAGAACACUCCAUUUAAUUUAUUUAAAGGGGUACUUCACUGCCCAAAUAAAAAUUAAAUAAAAAUCCCUGUUUAGUAGAUUUGAAAAUCAAUGAAUAAAAAAAUGCAUUUAAUCUAAAUACAUCUUGCCAAAGGGGCACUUAUCUUUUCUGCUGCCUUCUAACCCCCGCCCAGACUUUCUGUGGCUAUCCAAUCAGCUCAAUGAGAAAUCUUUGCAAGGCAGGUGCCCUGAGCAAUUGUUGCCUCUUCGGUUUAGCUUCACUGAGCUAACCAAAUCAGGAAGUAACAGGAACUCCUGUCUGGCUGAAUGCUUUCUGCCAAUUACUGCUGCCCAUUGCUGCUCAGGCUAAUGCUUUCUCAUUCGCCCAAGCAGCAGAGGGGGAUGAGAUAACUGUGUAUAACAUGAACACAUUAAAAUUGGUUUAACACUAAAUGACAGGACUGCACCAAGUAACUCCAGACAUUAUAACUACAUAAAUGAGAAGAAACUGAUACAGGGCCUUCAGGGUUUUUCUAGGAUGCUCCUGUAUUAAGAACAUUUUUUUAAAAGGACACUAUAGUCAACAGAGCAACUACAGCUCUUUGCAUUUGUUCUGGUGAGUACAAUCAUUUCUUUCAGGCUUUUUGCAGUGAACACUGUUUUUUCAGAGAAAACGCAGUGUUUACAUUACAGCCUAGGGAUAACUCCACUGGCCACUCCUCAGAUGGCCGCUAGAGGUGCUUCCUUGGGCAGUGCUGCAGAGUGAGCAGCACUGCCAUUUAAUGUCUCCACCCUCUGCAUUCAGACACUGAACUUUCCUCAUAGUGAUGCAUUGAUUCAGUUAAUCUCUAUGAGGAGAUACUGUUGGCCAGGGCUGUGUUUGAAUCAUGAUGGCUCUGCCCCUGAUCUACCUCCUUGACAGUCUCAGCCAAUCCAUUGGGGAAGCAUUGUGAUUGGCUUAGGCCACCACUUCUAUUUAUGUCAGCAGACAGAGGCAGUUCAGGGGCAGAGGCAGCAGCUUCAGACCUGAAUACAAGUAAGAUUUUUAUCUAUUUAGGGAGGCAGGGGAGGGGAAGCAGGGGUGCUAAAUGGUGGUUUUAACACUAUAGGAUCAGGAAUACAUGUUUGUGUUACUGACCCUAUAGUGUUCCUUUAAUGCACUGGCUUUUCCUUGAAAUUCACUUUUUUCUUGUGGUCGUAGUUAUUGCCCAAAUGGAUAACAUGUCCCGUUUAUGAAGCUGUUAGUUGAUGUGUGCUUGCUAAACAAAUGAUGUAAGGUCUUAAAAAAAACAGAUGAUAUUUUGCAACAAAAGUAAUUGUGGGAAAACAAAAUCCAAUACUUCUAAGAUGAAUUUGUUAUGUGAGACAUAGAGUUGAUGGGGGUAAAAAUAACUCACAAGCAGCCAUUACUUUGUUGUGUCGGGUAUUAUUGUACAAUGAUUAACAUAUGUACUUGCAUUUUCAGUGAGGCAGUUGUUGCUUGAGACUAUUGGUCUGCCUGGAGGUGUAACUCUGUCCUUGUGUAUUUUGGGUAGACAGUAAAAUGUUGUCACUGUCGGUCUGCUCUGAAAGAUGAAUUUAAAUUCAUCAUUAUGGUCUAAUUACACAAAGCUCUCCUAGAAAUUAUUAGUUUAGUUUCACAUAACUUUCUUGGUCGGAUAGAAAAAACAAACUUAUAUUCAAAUGUUUUUUUCAAUGUAGCUCAUUGGACUGCACUUUUAAAAAUAAAUAACAAAAUAUCUAGUGAAGAACAUAUAUAUAUAAUUUGGGAAAAUAGGAGCAAAACAACAACAAAAUACUUUUGGUCUUCAACUCACUGGGUCUGAGUGGAUUGUGUGCCAUUCUCACUUUAACAGCUCCGGAGGGAUCAAGCUUCUGGUGAUUGGUGGAUCCACCAGGAAUGUACUGGAUAAAGGACAUGGACUGGUAAUGCCUUUUAAAACUGUUAUUACUUCCAAUAAGGAUAAAAACUUAAAAGAAAAAAACUUGUAAAAGCUUGUGGAGUAAAAAUAUUUAAAAGUCACUUUACAAAAAGUAUCUUAUAGUCUCUGCUCGGUGCUUUCCUUUCUGCAGCAGUCUUGUGUACACCACACAGUUUCAUUCUGCCCCUUGGAGCUUUUUCAAAUGCCAAUGGGGGUAGUCCAGUACAAAAGCUUUAUGUUGCUACAGAUUGCAACAUUUUACCAGGUGACAGAAUCCCCAUUGCAGCAUGCCUACAUCCUAGGUCAGGGAUAGGCAACCUUCGGCACUACAUACCCAAUAAUGCUCUUACACGCAUAAUGCUGACAAAGCAUCAUGGGAGGUGUAGUCCAAAACAUCUGGAGUGCCAAAGGUUGACUAUGCCUGUCCUAUGUUAUUCUACACAAGCACCUGUUAUUUCAGUGAUCUAACUUAAAGAACGUCUUGCUGAAAAUUAGUUACUCAAAAAUGGGUAGUCUGUGAUAGAUUUUACAUGCAGAUUUUAUUAUUAUCUAUUUAUAAGAAUUAUACAACCCCUUAAUGGACCACUAUGGGCACCCAGAUCACUUCAGCUUAAUGAAGUGGUCUGGGUGCCAGGUCCAGCUAGGGUUAACCCUUUUUUCCAUAAACAUAGCAGUUUCAGAGAAACUGCUAUGUUUAUAAAUGGGUUAAUCCAGCCUCUAGUGGCUGUCUCUUGACAGCCGCUAGAGGCGCUUGCGUGCUUCUCACUGUGAUUUUCACAAUGAGAAGACGUCAGCGUCCAUAGGAAAGCAUUGUAAAUUAUUUCCUAUGAGACUGGCUGAAUGCGCGCGCGGCUCUUGCCGUGCAUGCGCAUUCAGCCGAAGAGGAGGAGAGGAGGCGGAGACGAAGAGGAGAGCUCCCCGCCCGGCGCUGGGGUAAGUUUAACCCCUUCCUCUCCCCAGAGCCUGGCGGGAGGAGGAACCUGAGGGUGGGGGCACCCUCAGGGCACUAUAGUGCCAGGAAAACGAGUAUGUUUUCCUGGCACUAUAGUGGUCCUUUAAUCCAAAAGUGUUAUGAUUGUAUCAAUUGCCUGUUGAUGCUCUUUAAGAUAUUUUUUUAUUGUCAAUUUUGCCAACAGAAAUUUAUUUGAAUAAUCCAUGUUCUAAUUUGACAAAAGAAGAACAACAGGCUCUUAAAGAAUGUCAGACAGCAAAUUAUAUAAUCAUAGAAAUGGAUAGAUUAGCAUUAACACAUCUAAGUAUAUUGAAAUUUGCAUGCAAAUUCAAGAUGACGAGGAGGUGUAUGAGGGGAAUAUACACUGAACAAAAUUAUAAAGGCAUCACUUUAGUUUUUUCCCCCCAUUUUUCAUGAGCUGAACUCAAAGAUCUAAGACUUUUACUAUGUACAUAAAAGGCCUAUUUCUCUCAAAUAUUAUUCACAAAUCUGUCUUAAUCUGUGUUUGUGAACACUUCUCCUUUGCCGAGAUAAUCCAUCCACCUCACAGGUGUGGCAUAUCAGGAUGUUGAUUAGACAGCAUGAUUAUUGCACAGGUGUGCCUUAGGCUGGCCAUAAUAAAAAGCAAGUUUUGAGGGAGCGUGCAAUUGGCAUGCUGACUGCAGGAAUGUCCACCAGAGCUGUUGCCCAUGAAUUGAAUGUUCAUUUCCCUACCAUAAGCCAUCUCCAAAGGCAGGACAUCCAACCGGCCUCACAACCGCAGACCAUGUGUAACCACACCAGCCCAGGACCUCCACAUCCAGCAUCUUCACCUCCAAGAUUGUCUGAGACCAGCCACCUAGACAGCUGCUGCAACAAUCGGUUUGCGUAACCAAAGAAUUUCUGCACAAACUGACAGAAACUAUCUCAGGGAAGCUGAUCUGCAUGCUCCUCAUCGGGGUCUCGACCUGACUGCAGUUCAUCGUUGUAACCGACUUGAGAGGGCAAAUGCUCACAUUCGAUGGCGUCUGAAUCCCGGUUUUCACUGUACAGGGCAGAUGGCAAAUAGCGUGUAUGGCGUUGUGUGGGUGAGCAGUUUGCUGAUGUCAACGUUGUGGAUUGAGUGGCCCAUGGUUGCGGUGUGAUUAUGGUAUGGGCAGGCGUAUGUUAUGGACAACAAACACAGGUGCAUUUUAUUGAUGGCAUUUUGAAUGCACAGAGAUACCGUAAUGAGAUCCCGAGGCCCAUUGUUGUGUCAUUCAUCCACGACCAUCACCUCAUGUUGCAGCAUGAUAAUGCAUGACCCCAUGUUGCAAGGAUCUGUACACAAUUCCUGGAAGCUGAAAACAUCCCAGUUCUUGCAUGGCCAGCAUACUCACCGGACAUGUCACCCAGUGAGCAUGUUUGGGAUGCUCUGGAUCGGCAUAUACGACAGUGUGUUCCGGGUCCUGCCAAUAUCCAGCAACUUCACACAGCAAUUGAAGAUGAGUGGACCAACAUUCCACAGGCCACAAUCAACAACUUGAUCAACUCUAUGCGAAGGAAAUGUGUUGCACUGCAUGAGGAAAAUGGUGGUCACACCACAUACUGGACCCCCCAGGACCCCUCCAAUACAGUAAAACUACAACAGUAAAACAUUUUAGAGUGGUCUUUUAUUGUGGCCAGCCUAAGGCACACCUAUGCAAUGAUCAUGCUGUCUAAUCAGCAUCUUGAAAUGCCACAUCUCUGAGGUGGAGGGAUUAUCUUGGCAAAUGAGAAGUGCUCACUAAAACAGAUUUAGACAAAUUUGUUAACAAUAUUUGAGAGAAAUUUGGCCUUUUGUUUAAAUAGAAAAAGUCUUAGAUCUUUAUGUUCGGCUCAUGAAAUAUGGGGGCAAAAACAAAAAUGUUGUGUUUAAAAUGUGGUCAGUGUAGUUUUGUGAUAUCACCCAUGCACCCAUCCACAUGACAGAUGUUUUCCCUAAACCACUUCUCUUCGUCAAUUAAUCCCCACAUGCUCCUUUUUCCAUGCCGAUUAUUCUCUACAGAUCUGUAUUCCACCCACAGCCCUCCAUUGCCCAUGCCACACAAACUCUCAUAGGCCUCAAUCCAUCCUUUAACACACUGCAACAACCCAUCAAACUUCAUGUCGUCAUGCCACAUAUCCUCCACAGCUUUCCUUUCCUCAUUCCACACAUCAUUCACCCUUUUCAUUCAUCAUGCCAAGCAUCACACAUAGCUUUCCAUUCUCCAUACCACACAUGCUCCACAGCUUUUCCUUCUUCAUUCCACACAUCCUCCACAUCUUUCCAUUUUCCAUGCCUCACAUCCUGUUUUGUCAUAGAUUAACCAAUGCCACACAUCCACCAUUGCCUUCCAUUCCCCAUGCUACACAUCCUCCACAGCCAUCCAAUCCUUAUGCCAUUCAUUGUGUUUAGUAGCCACUCAAUUCUCUGUACUAAAUAUGCCCCGCAGGCCAUAUUUAUUAAUGGUAACUAUCGCACAAAUUUCUCUUUUCUUAUUUCACGAAUGCUCCCAAUGUGGGGUUUCAGUACUCCUAAGUAGUGCCUUCUAACAUAACUUAUUGUAUAGAGUUGAUGCACUUGUAAAACAUAAUGAGUGGAGCUUUACCUUCUAUACUUCCUUCGUGAUAACUAAAAAACAUUGAUGCAUCAGGAAGGAAUAAGCAGGAACAUGACCUAACACAUAUUCUAGCGUAGAGUGAGAUAGAAAGCAGAAAUGGUUAAAAAAAAAUCACUGAAGAUUUCACCUCCUGUGGAGAUAAAAAACUAUAAAAAUGGAGUACAUUAUUGAUAUGCCACUUGCGGCAUUUUCUCACAGAACAUCUCCAUUUGUUGAAGGCGUUCACUUUAGGAAUCCUUUAAAGUUUUGUUUAUUAUGGAAUUUCUUUUCAUAAAUGUUGUGUCUAAAUGAUUCAGUUUAAACAGUUUUGUUCUUAUAUGUAUGUAUUGAUUUAUUAGUUCCUUUAUUUAUCUUAUAGGCUUUAGUUUAUGGCAACAGACGUGUUUCCUGUUUAAAGGACAAGCUGGGAUUUUGCUUUUAUUUCUGUUGUCUUUCUUUCCUUACUUUUUAUUUCCUUUUAAUUGUCUAUUAUUAUUUAUUUAUUGAUAGUUUGAUACAAUUGGUGCUGUGAAUGCAACGUAUAUAUCAUAAUGUGAAUUUUAAGUAUAGUCUGUAAUUUGUUUAUUACGUUUACAAUGAUCAUGGUAUUGGGGUUUGUUUGACCAUUAGCAUCUUUAAGACUAUACCUUACCCCUUGCAAUGUUUGUCCUGUGACUGCCAACAAUUUAUUGAAAUAGACAUAUGAGUUGUUUUUCUUUAGUUGACUAGUAAUCUACAAAUUAUUCUAAACAAAAUAUUUAUCUUUUUCAUAAUUUGUAAUUAUUUUAUUCAUAUUCAAUGUUUUUUUUAUAUUUAAACAUUAAAAAGUAUGGGUCAAAUUAAAGUUAUUGUUGAACAAACACAUAACAUAAACGCUAGGUCUUGCAUUGGUUGUGAAGUUGGACAAUUGUCACGUACCUUUUGUGGUUAAAUAAAUAAUUUAUUUAGACUUUUAGCUCAAAUCUAGAUAAUAAUAUUUACAAACAUUGCUAGAUGAACCAUCCAAUAAGAUGAACCAUCCAAUAGGACUCUAGAAAAUUUAAUUUACACUGUGAUGUUAUGUAUGCAAAGUUCACUGACUCCUUUCUCCUGGCUUUAUCUCAAGUUAAUUGUGGUAACAUAAGUAAUAUUUGCCCAACUUCACCAUCUUUGUACAUUAAUAUAACAGGAAUGACUGUUCAUGAAUUCCUUUUAGCCCAGUGCACUCAUGUCUAUGCCUCACAUUUCAAAUUCGCCUUAGACUUAUUGAAGUUAAUUCUCACACAUAAUUACUUCUUGUUUAAUGGAGGCAUAUUUUUGCAAACUAGUGGCACAGCUAUGGGGACACACUGUGUUUCCAGUUAUGCAAAUUUGUACUUAGCAGCUUGGGAACAAAACACAGUAAUGUUCUCAAAAUGGUAUCCUUUGUUCAAUAUAUCACAUUAUUAUACUUACCUACAUACAAUAUGGACAUGUUUUUUUAAGACAGGGUUAUCCUAGAAAACCUCUGAAAAAAAGCAUAUUGAAGGGCUAAGAAUUCUGAUCAACAGCAGAGUAUAUUUUUAAAAUAUAUCUUCAAAUAGAGUCUAUAUCUAUAGACAAUAUAUAUUUGCUGCUGGUGAAGCCAAACACUGUAAAGCAAUUUGAAUCCCCCUUUUGUGUCCCCUAAUGGACUAACAUACAGUUUAAGAAAAACAUGUAGGGAAAGUUGUUUAGUUAGAGAAUUUAUGUGAUUGAGCCAGAGUUAAGAUUAGGAAUAGUGAUAGAGAACAGAUGAUUUUUUGGUCUGAUAUAGCUGGCAUUCUGAGGCUCUUUCCCUGUACAUGUUAUCUCUUAUUUUGCUCCGGGACUACAUAAGAAUGUAGGGACAUACUUAGCAUAUAGGAUACCUGAUUUAUAUUUAUUGAUUUUGGCAGGGUAGAAGCAUUGCAUUGAGGGUAUUGUUUCAUUAUUAUAUAGGAAACAUGAAAGUGUACAUUUUGACCCAUAUUCCAUUUUCACCUGUUGUAUGGUUAUAUGAAAAAAAAGUAUAUUUUUGAAUGGAGUUAGACACAGAGAAUUGUUCAAUAGUACACAAUUAGCAAACACAAUAGAGUCUUCCAUAGGCUUUCCCCUAAACUCAUGCUUUGAAACAUGUUACAGUGAUAGAGUAGCAUUGGUGCAAACAAACAACAAACUGAGAGUUGAUUUAUCUCUGAGGAUCAAAUCAGCCAGAAAUGUAGCUACCAGAAACCUUUUUAAAAAUGUGUCUAUUCACCUAAAUAAAAAAGUAAACUAAAAAAUACACUUGGACACGCAUACACCUACUCUGCCUUUUUUGUUUAAUUUAACUUAUACUUAGAAUCAGGUCCUACUAGUCACAACUAUUUACAACUCUUCACGUUUAUAAUGUGUCUUGGCAUAUGAAUGAAAACAAUAAGCGAAAAACUGAUUGUCAGAUCGAAAUGAUUGUCAAGGAAGGGGCAUUACAUGAUAAUGGAUCGACAGAGAAGUCCUGUACCAAGAGCUAGGAUGCAAACAGGGAACAAAAUCUGCAGAUUUAGUAUUGCAAAUGAUAAUAUCUAGGAGUCCCUUGAGAAAGGCAUCCAGUUGUGUGCUGAAAUGUUGGGCGUGUAGUCACCUGUGUCUUGCUCUGGAAGGCUGGUGAGAAUUUUUGUAUAGCUAUGGUAUAUUUUCCAGCCGGUAUUCACUUUGUUUUGUAUAUACUUAUUCUUGCUUUUGGAUAAUUACUUUUACUUGUUUGGUAAAUAAAGUAUUGAUUUAUUCUAUAAUAAUUGUGGUGUGCAGCUUGGUUUCUGUAGGUAAAUCUAGAAGUAACUCAUAUGUACAGAACUAGAUGAUAUCUCAAAUGGUUAGAGUUAAGGGAUACUUAGAAUGUACUGAACUUCUUAGCAUUCCAUUGGUUAAAAAUAUAUAUAAAAAACCUUAUUAGAAAAUUCCAUAGUUAUGUAAAGACUCACAAUUUAGUUUCUGUGGAGUGUUACCUUGAGUCUUCUUGUGAUCCUAAAAUGAGACAUAUGAGGCUAUAUAAAAUUGCUGAGUCAUAGGAAUCACCUCUUGCUGAGUAAAAAUAUAAUAACGUCUACAUCGUGGUCCUGUGAAUUGCUGCCAAGGGAUGAUUUAGCUAAUGCAGUGGUGGCAGUAUGAACCAAAGCUGUAUGAGUUUAGAAAUUUCAAGAAGACAUUUUCUAUCUUAUAAUUGUAAUUAUACUUUUUUCGAAAUACAGAGAUGCACACUAUUUAUUUUUUUUUGUAGCAGAAUUGUGACCUAUUAUUUUGAAAAAUACAUUGAUCUAUUAAUUUACAAAAAUAAAUGCCAUUCAAUACUUCAGUGACCGUGAAAACAUUCAAAGGAAGCAAUCCAAGUUUUCACAAGUAACAUGAAUUUCUAUUUUCUUUGACAUCCCUGUCAGAAAACCUAUGGAGGUGUAUUUUAGUUGCAAAACGUAACAGAGAGGGGAGCACUUACUUUAAUAAAGGUGCCUGGAUUUCGGUUUUGCCCAAGAAACGGUAUAGCAAUGAAAAAAUGUCCAGAACGUAAUUAAGGAACACUUUUUUCUUUAUAAUUAUUUUUCCGUAUUUUUUCAGUAUUUUACUGACAUUUAUUAUUUAUUUUUGCAAUUAAUUUGAGACAAAUAAUUUGCCAUAAAAUGCACCAACAUAUACUUUAUAGCAAUAUAGGAUAAGUCCUGUUUUAAAAAUCAUUAGGUGAUUUGCAGUUAGGUGGUUUGAUGUAGAACAUAAUGUGAGCUGAUAUCUCCUGGUAUGGAAUCUGUUUCAUAUAUGCGAUUUCUAACUCCGUUAAUUCCUCUGCACGUUCAAUAGGCUUUGUUUUGCUUGUAGCUCACUGUUCGGGUACAUAGUUAAUUAUGCUGAAAACAACAUUAACAUGUUGGAUUUGAAGUUCUGCUGGGAGAAAAAAGAAAGUAAUCACAAAAUCGUCUAGUGGUUUGCAAUUGAAGCUAUCAGCAAACAUGCAUGAGUGUGUAUGUUGAAAACGCAUACUAAAUAUUCAAUCAUACUAACCUAUAGGAUAGAAAAAAAUAAAACAAAAAAUGCUAGCUUUUAGUGUUAGAAAAAAAGUUUAUUUUUUUAAAAUAAAAAUCCAUAUUUCUUUUCACCCUGACAUUUGUUUUAAUUUUUUUACAAUCAUCAUACCCUCUUCAAGACCUAUAAAAAGCAUGUUUUCACUCAAACAUGGUACUUUAACUCUGAUAGUUUAACAGUGUGACCACUAAAUACAUACCCAGAGAGUUACUGCACUUGCUAUUAAUAUGUAAUGCUCAUUUACAUAUCACCCAGAGACAUGCCACUUACAUGCCUUCUAAAGUAACCCAUCCCACAAAAGCACACACUGAAUGUAAUCCCAAACAAAUAAUAUAUUACCUGUAUAUUUCCUGUCUUUAUGGCUGUUACUAUGAAAUUUCUGUACGUCAAAAAAUGUGAUUCGUCCAAAUAGUUUUGUGUAGUCAAUUCAGGAUUCAUCAAUGUAGUGUUUUGGUCCAGACUCAUUUUAUACAUGCGAGCGUUUCAGGAAAAAUUAUUUAGACGAAACAAAACGUCACAAAAAUUGGCAUACUUCGCAUACUGCAAAUUAUCUAAAUUAUAAAAAUAUUAUGUAUACAUUUUGCAGUUUUCAGUUAGGCAUGCUUUUCCACCAUUUAGUUCACAGAAAAAGUGAAAAGGUUUGACCAAUAGAGGCGAAAAAAGGAAUAGUAAAAAAAAAUAAAAAAAUCAAUAUUUAUAUAUUAUAUAUGUACUAAAUAUAUAUGAUAUAAAUGUAGAAUUGUUUUCUCGAUUCUCCUUUGUUCCCCUCUAUUGGUCACUUCUCAAUUGAUCUGCGAAUAAAAUCAAUAUUUAGUGACUGUCUCCUAGUCAUUAAUCAGAUUUUUGUGUGUGUAUUGUGUUCCUCCUCCGAUGUGGACCUGAAGAAGCCUUUUGGACAUGCUUGAGGAGGAGAUGAGAGGUCUAUUACCAAUCGCCUUUUAUUUGUCUGAAAUGGCUAUGUAUGGAGAUUAGAGCUGACAUUGGCUCUAUUACACAAUUGCAGGAAUCAAUUAGAUGCUGGCUGACAGCCAUUGUAAGACAACUUGCCUAUUCCCUGUCUGUGGAGGGCAUCAUGUUGUGUAUGUCAGUACAAUUCCAACACAUUCUAAAGGGUAUGACUAUCCACAUGAUGAAACCAAGUGUGGGCUAUACCUAGGUGAUAUGUGAUUCAUUAAGAGAAAUUGAAUCUUAACAUUGUCUGAAAAAAUCCUGCAUGGCAGGUUCUGGGUGCCUGAUCAUCUGUAUACAAUCAAAUUAAAUGGUAGCUGCAUAAACUUUCUCUCUGAGUACCAGACAAGAAACAAAUGAUUGGUGGUGCUACUUUUAGAACAUACAUAGUAAAUAUGGCAUAUAAUUAUUUUUAUAAAUAUUAUAUAAUUAGAAUAGAAGCAUUCAUUCUCAAACAAUCUCAAUUUGAUAAAUAAUCCAUUGGUUUUCUUUUCAUUGAUUGUUUAAUUGCCUUUACAGCAAAUGUUCAUAUUCAUUGUUAAAUGGUAGCCCCAAAGACAAUGCUUGUUAAUAUGUUGAGGUUUAAUUGUAUUUUUUUCUGGCUCACUAUACAAUAGACAUGUGCAUUCUGUUUUGGAUGAAUUAUGAUUCUGCCUAAUUUUGAGCGUUUGUGAUUCAUCUGAAAUCUCUGACAUUAAAACACCAUAUGGAUAGAUCAUGAAAAAAACAAAAUGGGCAGUGGACAAGUUAUUUAAUGAUUCAGAGUUUUGUUUGUGGCACUAGAAUAAAGGGGGUAGGAAUGGAGAUUUGUAUUAUUUUUUUUGCUGGGGUGAGGGCAAAUAAGCAGAUUGGUGUGCCAUGUUGUACAAGAGGUCUGCUCAAGGAGGGUGUGUGUGAAUUGAUGAAUUGAUGUACAAGUCCACUAUGUAAUAUUUGAAAUGUUUGAUAAGGUGUGUGCAUUUUGAACUACCAAAAACAUUUUUCUAAUUACCUACAGCCAAAAGUUGUGGGUAAUAACCAAAAAGCAAUCUAGCAGUCUACUGUAUGUUUGCAUAUACAAGCUGCAUCACUUAAAAAGAUUGCAAUAGAAUUAUGUGAACAAGAAAGACUGAUAGAUAUGUCAAACUAGGUAUUAGAAGAGAUAUUGACGCCCCAUUAACAAGGACCCAUUGCACUAUUGGCUACAUAUCAAUGCCCACUCUAGAUUGACACUGGCUGGGUCAAACAAGUAUUGGAAAAUGAAAGGCUGUUAUGAAGAGAACAUGUUCUCAGUAUAUGUUAUUAUUUAAUGCAUGCAAAAUAUAAGCUGUCAGAUCGCUGCAAAGAUAGAUUUCGUCAAAAAUACAAUAAAAAACCCAGCGUGAUGCUCAAUAUGAAAUUAGUGCUGAACAUUAAGUACUUGAAAGUAUCUGAAUGAACCAUAUGUUUUGUUAAAGAAAAAAAAAGAUUUCUACAUUUCACAGAUAAACCCAAACACAUUGUUUGUUUCACGGAUUGGAAAAACUUGCUUAACAAACUGAGUUAAAUAUAGUCGAAAAGUACAUAUUCUGUAGAAUUAACAAUACUCUUGCUGGCACCAUAUUAAUAAUAACUUUCCUAUUAUAAUAUUAAAGGUAUUUAUUAAGUACUUUUAUAUUUUUUGUUUGUUUACAUAUAAUUGUUCUUUUCGGUUGUGUUUGAAAAUAAUCCUUUUUUUAAGAUGUCCUAUUUGGCAUUGCAAUAUUCCAAAAUAUCAAAUCAUUAAAUAUACUCUACAUUUUAUAAGCAGCUUAGGCAGUCUUCUAGAGCAAUGCAGAGCAUUUAUCUUUGCACUGUUCUAUACACCCCUUAUUUAAUGUUGAAAAUCAACCACUUAUGGUAUACACACGUUGUUAUCUGUAUUUGACUAGUUAGAAAAGCUCCUGCUUUCUCUUUGUCUGUAUUUUUGGAUGUUCACUGUGUCUUUGCAGAAACAUAGUUCUACAAUGCAUUUUUAGUGCAUAUCUUACAAAUUCAACAAGGUAUAAGGUGGAGUAUCUUACAUGCACUUUUCAAGUAGUCCUUUGCUUAGGUACAUUUCAUACAGUAUACUCUAAAAAGAAUAAAAUAGCAGAAAAUAGUGCAAUAUUGCUUGUACUCUUAAUUAUGCAAAUUCAAUAAGGUCUUGCCAAAUGCAAACUCACAAGGAUGGAGCCACCAAAGUUUGGGCUCAAGUUAUUCACUUUGUGGGAUGUAAAGAGUCCCACUCCCUCCUCUGUGUUCCAAGUUCCUUAUGCAGGGUAAUCACAGGCUCACAGGUGAAAUAAAAUAACAUUUAUUAGUAUAAACAAAAAUAAAAAGAAUAUUUAAGAGACCUUACAAACUCUGUUGAGCAGUCUUAAUGGUCUUAGUAGCAAAACGCGUUUCGCCCCUUCAAGGGGCUUCCUCAGUUGCUGUAAAUGUUCCCAAAUUGUUCUUCGUUUAAAAAGCCUUUCAUUGCCGCUUUUUUUCUUUUUUCUCUCUGCAUUGCCGGCUCGCCGGACUUCCGGUUUCCGGUCCUUGCGUUCCACCCUUGGAACGCACAGCCGUCGUAUAUCACAAAAUAAAAAAAGCGGCAAUGAAAGGCUUUUUGCAUUUGGCAAGACCUUAUUGAAUUUGCAUAAUUAAGAGUACAAGCAAUAUUGCACUAUUUUCUGCUAUUUUAUUCUUUUUAGAGUAUACUGUAUGAAAUGUACCUAAGCAAAGGACUACUUGAAAAGUGCAUGUAAGAUACUCCACCUUAUACCUUGUUGUGUCUAUAACUCUUUAUUGGUGAAGGUUAAGGGAACCCCACCAAGGUGUUAGAGUUUCCUAAAUUUUUGCAUUUAGCACAUAUUGGGUCACUGUUAUCUAUUUUUUAUAUCUUACAAAUUGAAUGCUUUUUACAAGACUUACGUAAAAGGAAAAAGAUUUGAUAAAAUGCACAUAUUUUGCAUUUUAAAUCUUAAAAGUUGUGUUGCAAAAUUAUGUCAUUUUACUUAAAUCAUAAAGGUUUGAUUUAGAGCUUUCACAAUGGUCUAAAAGUGCAUUCUCCCUGUUACUCCUUUUAGGUGGGAUAUUUAAUUAGUGUGGAUGCCUCUAACCUGAGUGUUAUGGACAUGCAGAAGGAAUGUUAUUUUUGAUCAUCCUAUAGUCAACAGGAGACAAAAAUAACCUGUUUCUUGAAGGAUACAGGUUAUUUCUUCAAAUAUCCUAAGAAUGUUUUUUUUUUCUCUAUUGAUAUUAUUUUAUUAUUUAUUAUUGAUGUACUAUGUACAUUGUGACCGUAUACACUGAUUAAUAAAAUUGUAACCAUAUAGUACACCAAUUAAUAAAACAUUUCAAAACUUGUGUGAGGUUCAGUCAGGCUGAGAAGGUCAGAUAGGUAACUGCACAUAUGGACAAAGGAUAGCAAAGCCAACCAUAGAAUGGUUGGAGUAACCAGGAAGAAAGGUGCCCACAAUAGGUGGCAACUGCAUUCAAUUAACAGUUACAAAUAAAAGUCAGAUUUCCUGAAUAGACAUCGUCAAUAAACUUGUCAAUGGGUAUUAUGGGCAACAGACAAAGAAUGGUCAAAUAACAGUCCAACGUAGGAGUCCAGAAAACAGUAUAUAUGACAAAUAUAUUGAACAAAAUAAGAAACACUGCGGAGAUGUAAACCAUGAACUGGAGUAGAGCGGAGGCUGACUUUUUAAAGUCCUUCCCAUGGAGCGCCAGAUUGAUCCCUUCGAAAAAAAACAUUGACAUGUGCUCUCCAAGUUAUUCACAGUGUCACAGGGAUUUGCAUCAAUAAAUGACUCCUUAACCGAGCAAUCCGUGUCAAUCACUCUGGAACGGCAGUCUGUGCUUGACAAAAUUGAAGUGCAAAUAUUGAUUGUGGAAAAUUUUCAUUGUUUAAUCUCUAAGCAAAUCAGAGCAACUGUCCACAUGAAUGAAGAGAACAUAGAGCCCACAUUAGCCACUUAUGAUAUCCAGUUGUCAGCAAAGACCUCAAUUUCAUAAUUUUGGAUAAGCUCUUCAAAUGAUUUCAUAUUUUUAGAGAAACUUUUUUUUUCCAACGUGUUUUCAAAAUUUUAAAAUACCCAAAAAUAUAUCAUGUAUAUAAAAAAAAUUAACACAUUAAAAUUUUUUUUUCAAAAUAUUAAAUCAUUUUUAAAGUGUAUCCAAAAAUAUUAAAUCAUUUGAAAAGAUUAUCCAAAAAUAUUAAAUUGAGAACAAAAUUCAUAUCCUCUUUACCCCCCUAAGGACACAUGACAUGUGUGACAUGUCAUGAUUCCCUUUUAUUCCAGAAGUUUGGUCCUUAAGGGGUUAAAACACUGUAAGGUGUGUUAAACAUCCUCAGAGAAGUCACGAUGCUUGCAAUCUGUAUCUUGUCAAUUUAAAUAUAAUGUUAAAAGUUUACAGUGUUAUAUAGAAGUGCCCCAAUAAAUAUGCCAAUACGCACAGUUGCACAUUUUACAAACUUGCAUGAGGGAGCUAUUUAAUUCUAUUAAAUAAUUUAAUGCUAAUAAAAAAAAAUGUACAUGAUAAAACUGAGGUGGGGUGCACAGGAAGGGAAGAUACACAGGCGCAUUGCCCGGAAGGUAGACAUUCAUUACAUCUGAUGCCAGUGCUCUGUACGUUCUGGCUACAGACUUAACUUUUGCACACAAUUUGGCUGCCUAAGUAGCAUGUUCCGGGGUGUAACUAGCCCCCAGGACAAAAGUGCAGAUUACUUUGUAUGGGCAGCGUUUCACGCAGUGUCACUGCACACACAAACUCUUACCACCGUGACAACUUUUUAAAGCACUAAUGGUCAUGGUGGUUGACGUAGCCCUUUAAGCUUCAAAAUGUUCAACAAGAAACAGAUUUCAGAUACACACUGAAUGACGCGACAUAAUAGAGAGGACAAACGGUCAGAAGAGGAGAGGGUAAAUAAUGUUUUGUCAGCAGAAAGGUGAAAUCCAGAGAAUCAAAUAGUUUGUCAAGAGGCUGUUUAGAUGGAGAAAAACAAGGGCCUAAGAAUAGAAACAUGCGUACAUUUUUAUUUUAUUUUUAAAUGUAUUUUAUGGAAAUGUGAUCUAUAGCUUGAAGAGCAUUGCAAAUUACAAAACAUUCCGAAUCAUCCUACCAUUAGACCUGGAAAUCUUUUAAGAUGUUUAAAUGGUUUCAGAAAUGUGAUGCUUACUGAGGCACAUUAGGAAUUUUGUGCUAUAUCUUGCCUUUUCUUCUUAAUACAGUUCUCAGGUAAAUGUGAAUGCUCUUGAAACAUAAGAAGAAACACUGCUUAUCGCAUUUGUUCCACUUUCUUUGGAUCCACAGUCAUUCCAUUCUGUCUCAGUUAUCUUAAAAUUCCACUCAGUUUUAAGAAGACGCUGAACACACAAAGGUUGCUUUUUACUUUAUUUCCAGUAAUCCAGUGCCUUCAUAAAUCAUAUUGGCAUAUCACGUUAUUACAUUUCUUUGCUUUUUUUUGGUUCUGUUGCAUGAGUUGUAGAAGUUUCUUGGAUAUUCUUUUAGCAAGUCUGCAUUUGUUUGUAUCAAAGCAAAUGGAUUUUGUACGUAAUGUAUGUAUGCAGUGUAAUUUUGACGUUAUUUAUUAUCGCUGGAAUAGCCGUUUUCUUUUUGUAGCAACGUAUAUUUUAAAUGAAUAACAGCAACAUGGAUAAAAUAUAUAAAUAUUCAAUUACCAUAAAAUUGGACUAAACAUAACAUCUGCAUUUAUUUGAGCUCCUCUUUUUUUUCUUACACCCCUUUUUAAACACAAUAGUGUUGUAUUAAUAUGAUUGGGUGUUUAGAAAAUGUCAAAUUAAAAAUGUGGACUUCAGCAAAAUUUUGAUUGCCUAAUUAUUUGACAUUCAUCAUAUAUGCUCUUUAUUUUUUAUUUUUUCAAUUACCAAGCUAAAAAAAAGAGAUCACAAAAUGCCCUUGGCCUCUGCAAGCGCUAUAAUGUGAAAAAAAAAAAUCCUCAUUUGUAAUAUAUUGCAUACAUUUCUAAAAUCAAACCCACUUAUGAAUCUACUAACUGUUCAAGCAUAUUUAAAAUAAUACAUUAGGCCAUUUCAUGUGCAUAGGGCUGAAAAUUAAAAACAGAAAUAAAAUAAGAAAAUAUAAAAAUUUAUAUUUUUUUUUCCCCAGCCAUUACACUGGAUGAAGUCAAUGUUAAAGGAUAUUUUGUUUGGUCCUUGAUUGACAACUUUGAGUGGACGUCGGGAUAUAGUGUCAGAUUUGGGCUGUUCCAUGUCGAUUUCAACCUUGCUGAUCUUCCAAGAGUUCCAUACCAUUCAGCAAUUGAAUAUUCUAAAGUUGUCAAAAGAAAUGGAUUGAUUUCCCAAAAAUAGUCUUUAACAACAUCUUUAAAUAAUUAAUGUUAUCUUUUAUGACAUCAAAGUACAGUUAAAACAUGUACUUUUUUUCAGUGAGACAAAGUUUGCAACAGGAUGAUAUCUUAAUGACUGGA